AUGGAAGGUCUUAAAGAUUUGCUUGCUCCUAAAACACUCCACUGGUUCAGUUAUGUGGCAAAUGUAUUUUGGAUUUUGCUCGGAAUUAUCCUAUCUCCAAUCUUUCUAGACCUCGAAAACAGCGAACCGACAGACUUCCGUUGUGGCUCAAAUGGCGACAAGGAACUCGUUCGUGGAAAGUGUUACGAAGAGUACGAUAAACAAUACAACAAAUUCCCUGUUUAUGGAUUCGUGAUUAUUAACUUCCUUGUGACUGCAAGUGUUUGUGGAAUAUACUCACAAGCGGUGAAGUCGAAAGUUGAGGAACUUGAAGACAACCCUAGAAACCCGGAUUUAGGGCAAACUUCUAGGAAAAAGCUUUUCAAAGCGUACUGUUUGCAACUUCUCGCCAGAUUUGUUCUUGGGAUAUUUUUUCUCGUUCUGCAGACCAAAUUACUUUACCCUCUCAACUUUCCCUCGUACUUUAACUGUAACUUAACAACAGACGGGAAGUUUUCAGACAUUACGGCCAGUGCGUCUCGUAACGAAACCGAAACGCAAGCGUCAUACGAAUGUCAUAAUCAACGAGCAGCUAAGAAGACCGUCUGGGCUAAUGCCGUGAUCGUUGUAACUGGAGCGUUUGCACUCCUUGUGUUUAUCGAGUCUCUGUAUAUGUUGUUAUGGCGCACAAGAAAAGUAGGCUUCAAAGUCUUUACGGAGGACCAGGAAUUUCAUAAAUGUUAUCUGAGUUCGAGUAAGCCAACAGACGAACAAGUCCCAAGGAAAACCGAACGAUCUGAUAGGGAUCCUUUAUGUCAUUCAGAUGAGGGUGAAAGACCAGAAGAGUAUCCCAAAACGAGAGAAAACUCGCCAGAAACACUACCAGGAGAUAUUUUUAGUGCUGAAAAACAGAAGACACUUGAUGUUGGUCGUCCUGAAACUGGAAAAACUAUGGCCACUAGAAAUGAUGGAGAUGAUGAUGGAGAUGUACAAGACAAAGGCAGAAGGCUUUGGGACGCGUUAAAAAACAAAAAAAUCGAUCGCGUCGAGCGUAUAUCAAUAAUUGAAACACUACUAAAAAAGGGCGCGCCAGUAAAUUUCAGGGAACCCAAUAGUAAGGUGAGAAACUUCAUAAAUAAAGUUUCUGUAGUUAUUAUUUGCCGCGGCAUUACGCCUCACUCUUACCUACGUAAAAAGAAACACGAGAGUGCAAGGAAAUCUUAUCCAGCACACAGACAGUGCAACUCCAUCGUUCCAUCGCGUCGCAUCAUCGCUCUUUCGUUCUUCAUUCGCUCAUGACGGUGGUAAACUUUAAAUAAUUUUCCAUUGAUUUUAUGCGCGAUUGAGCUGUAUCGCGUCGAAAGUGUCAAUAAUUUCAAAUCAAAAUCUUAAGCGUUAUACUUUCUUAAAUGAAGAAAAUACAGGUUAAACCUAUUGUAUUUGGCAGUUCAACAUUUCGUACAGUCUGAUCGACUGCGCUGCAGUGCAGUGCAAUGCUCGAAUCGGCUUAGCCUUUUAUAUGUCGUCUGCAUAGUCAGUGAGUUAGUUGCCUACAGAAUCCUUGGUUUAUAAUUUCAAUUUCUUUUUCCUAACUCGGGUAUGAGGUAGUUGAUGUAAUUAGAAUCAAUCCGUGUGGUUUUGUUUAGUCUGCUUACUUAAGAGGCAUUUAUCUUUUCGGUUUCGGGGAAACCCUAUUGUUUGUUUCGCUUUCAAUUUGACAUCGUUAAGUUUGCAUUCAAUUUGACAUGGUAAGAUUAAGGUGUCAUGGCGACUGGCUGUGUUUUCGCUGUGUUUUCCUGAGCUGCGUUCUUUACAUUGUAUUUCUGCUUUCUUAUGUCUGCUCUCCGCAUCCAAACGAUUCACUGCACCAUCUUAAGGAAAAAGGAUUGAAGUCAUCUACGUCUAUCUACCGUUAUCCACGGUUUUCGCUGUAGUGUGGUCACUCUUCUCAGAAUUCGAGUCAACUUCUGCCUCCUUCUUGGGUUUCUUGCACACCGUCUCACGACGUUUUUAGCCUCAAGUUUGGCCUGCUAUCCCAACUCAGUUGUUGGGUUCCGGCUGGUACGGCUUCUUUCUUGAGGCGACAUUUCAGCCAAUCCUGGUCCAGCUCCUAACUGUAAUAAAAACUUGUGUUCAGUCUGCUGACCAUCGAGAGAUUCAAUGCGAUGUUUGUCUCAUCUGCUGAAUACACCAAACUUGCCUCCUUGACUGUCAGCUUCCCAUGGAGCUGCCCUGUGUGUGUAAUUACAACUUCAAAGAAUCUGCCUUUUUCUGAUAUUAGAAAUCCCAGCUCCGGUUUGGAUCCUUCUUCAGAUGCUGACACGAGUAUUCUGAAUGAAUCGUCGGAUAACAUUAACAUCGUCCAUGUCCAACCAACACCAUCACCAAACAGCAACCUGUCUACCUGUCAGCUCCUAAUGCUCCCCAAGAUACCAAGGUAUCUUCUGGCUUAAAGGGGAUGAUCAUCAAUUGCAACGGCCUCAAGGGUCCAUCUCGUUUCUCAGAAUUUCAAGUUCUUGACUUUCACAAACCUGAUAUCAUCUUCGGCUGUGAAUCAAAGCUUGACUGAGUGCCGACCUAUUCAGUCUGUCCGCCCACCUAUUCCGUGUCCAGAAAGGACCGAAAUCGUAAUGGGGGAGGUGUGUUCCAGACGAUUAAGUUUGAAAUCAUUUGCAAGGAAAAGCCUAACUAUAGAAAAGAUUUCGAAAUCCUCUGGUCAUCAGUUAAGAUCGGUAAAUGUAAAACUCCCCACCUAGCAUCUUGUUACAGACCACCAAAUUCUCCCCAAGAUGUUUUGGAACAAUUUUCAGAUUCCUUUAAUUGUGUCUUGGAAUCCUCUAAUCAUCACCCUAAAAUAAUAGCAGCAGGAGAAUUUAACCUUGGUGAUAUUGACUGGUCCGCUGAGGUUCAAUUUGCGGCUGCAGGCUCUUAGUGACAUCCCUGAUAAUGCCUGUUAGAAACCCUGAAGAAUUAGUCACACCCAGUCAUCCAGUUUCCUUUACUUUGCGAUAGAUGUGUUAAAAGCCUCCCAUCCCCUUCCCCCACCAAUCACCCACCCUCUGUUAGGGCUAUCUCUAGGCUGUCUGCUGGUACCUGCCUUCAUGUUCAGCUCUCUCAAAUUUUUACAUCCAUCUUGGAUUGACUACUGGCUUACUUAUCGGCACUUUUUACCAAUUUCCCUCAGAUAUACUUUCUUAAUUUGUAAAUUUCCUAAAAUUUUUAGAUGGCGCAAGUGGAAUGUUCGGACGGAACAUUUGCCGAACUUUUUUUCUCGUGGAAGUUUUUCCAUCUUUCAGGCACAUUUUGCUCAUGUUUUAGGUAAUUUGUCUAUUAGUAUUUUAUCUCCCUAGAUAAAUCAAAGGACCCCUCUUCACUUCGUAGUUUAUGAAAUUGGUGGAGAUGAUGAUCUUUUGGACAUGCUGUUAGAGAAUGGAGCUGACGCAAAUUUAGUUGACUAUGUAUGUUUUCUUCUACCUUAAGCCUUGUUUUUUUGUCUGCGCUAUGAUAUGUGUUAAAUAAACUAAAAUGGUAUUUGUUUUUUGCAGUUUGGCUACACACCACUACAUUUAGCUGCGGAGAAAGGCAAUCUCGGGGCUGUCAAGGCAUUGGUUAGAAAUCCUUACAGCCCCGCUGACUACUGCAAACAAAGCAACGUAAGUGUUUCCUUGUGAUUCUUUUAUUGUGUUGCCUAGAUCAGCCUUCAAGUAUUUACAAACUAAUUAUAAUCGAAGGUUAGGGAGUGUAUAUGUGGGCGAGAUAGAGCAAGUUUCACGCGAUAGAAGGUCCAAACGCCCGUGAUCAGAUUGCGUUUUACACAUGCGAUUGCCAUUCAUUCUUAGUGAAGGCUAUGCGAAUGCCGUCUACAUACCUGCCACUCAUGCGUAAUAGCAAACUUGAGAUUUGGAUUGCGGGCUCCUCUGGUCGCCCGCAAUUAGCUUACACUUCCUACAAAGUAACAUUGCUACUAAUAUCGCUUUGGUUCAGUGUAACACUGUUGCGCAAGGUAUACAAUUUUGGAAAACGCGUGGGAAGAAUUUCUGUUGAAUUCCCGAAAAACUUCACUUGCCCUUCGGGCAAACAAAGAACGAAAUUCCCUAGCCAAACCAGCAAAAUCCACUAGCUUCGGACAAGUUUAGAUGAGCGAAACAACAUCUUUCACGUGGAGCACUCCUUUUGAUAUAUUUCGUUGCCGUCACUGCACGACUAUGACAUGAAAUUGUCUUAUUUUGCGCUUUCUGGAGAACAUGAACAAACAAAUUUCACUUCCUCUAUCCAGUGGAUAAAUCUCCUCCCAUUUGAUCCAGGAGAGUUCAACUGAGCAAGUUGGGAUAAUCGCGCUUAAGUCUCAAAGAACGUGAAGACACUUUUUAAGUGCGGUUUCACCCGCCCUCGCUGUUUCGGUAUCUUUAACUCCCUCUUAAAACCAAGCACUUAAGACGACACUGCGACUAUGGCUGAAAACAACUAUAGUGGCAUUCAGAUUUGGGUGCAAGUACGAGGUCGCUGACUAGAAGUACAACUUUGGAAUCUUCAACCUUGUUGUUUGCCUAGUACAAAUCUCUUUCUUGUUACUGAUCAGCAGAUUACUCCAAUGACACGAAAAAACUAUAUGAAUUAUGUUUAUUUAGGAUAAUGCGCGAUGUAUCCUAAUGACACAACAACAACAUAAAUUGUUCUAAUUGAAAAUCAAGUGCCAAAUUUCCCGGAUCUUUGGUGAAAUGUAUUUUCAUUUUCACAAAGCUCAACGAAACACCGCUACAAGUAGCAGAGAGACGUGGACAUCAUCAUGUGAAGACUUACCUUCUUAAGUUGGAGAGAGGAGAGACUGACGUCCAAUCAGAUGGCACUGGUGUAGACGAAACCGUCGAUGGUGAGUCAUAGAUUUUUUCUUAGGAAAGGACCAUUAGAAAAAAGAAGGGCGAGGUGUGGGGAGCUCAAUUCAACCCUGCGAGUAGUUGUAUAUGUCUUAUUUUGGUUUGCCUGGUGUGCAUGUUUUUUCUUCUUCUUAGCUUGUAUGUAUGUCUUUCUGACUGUUCAGGCUGUAUGAAUUUUUUUUCACGUGAAUUUUUUCGUGUAUGGAUUUUUUUCUUGUCCUCUCCCUUUACUUUUCCAAUGGCCCAUCCCCUCAAACUUAAUGGUCCAUGGAAGGUGUAACACUCGCGGACGCCGAUAGGCGCGCGAGAAAGGAUGUUCUUACGCGUCCAUCGAGUUUCAUGCGCCUUAAUUUCUCUCUGUCCCUUGCCCUUUGAAACGCCUAACAAGCAGGCAAUCUGGGAACAAGGUAAGUUUUAUCGAACAAUAACAAUUGGUGAAUUUAUUUAUCUUCUGCGUAAUUACAUUGUAUUUUACAUUUGUACGAGAAGUUAUUUGAUAUGAGUGACUGCAUUUUUUGCGCAGGUUCGGUUGUGAGAGUAAAUGUUCAUGCGGAUGAUUGCAAGGUUAACCUCAUGGUCGGCAACCAUAAUGCCAUGAAUUUAAACAGUUGGUUAAGGUAAGGGAGUAGACAGAAAAUGACCCAGCAGGGUGCAAAGAAAGUCGUGUCCGAUAGCCUGGGGCAAGUGGAUUUUACUAUCGGGUUAGUGAUUUUUGUUCUUAACUUGCCCGACAGGCAAGUGCUGUUUUUGGGGGAAAUUCAAAUUACCGAAGGAUUGUAAUCAAUCCUGCUAAUCAAAAAGGGUUUUGGCGCUAGUUGAAAUGACUUGUGCGCUAGUACAUGCUAGCUACAGCUUACCCGAAUGGCAGGCUGUAAAACUGACUUUCUUUGCACCCUGCUCAGACCAAAGCUGUUUGCGUGACUUUAAUCACGUCGUUUGCAUAAGAAAAGGCCAAGUUGCUCAAAGCCUCUGAGGCUAAGCGAAGUGCGAAGCCAUUGAUCUUGAAAUAUGUUGUUAUUCUCAUGCAAAUAAAACUCAUUUUCACAAGAACACGGCAUCCGAGAAGCCCGGGGGACGAGGUUGCAUUAGUUCAGUCGUUUUGAUAGAAAAUGGCAGGAAAAUUCGCACGUUUUGGUAAGAAAGUCAAGAAAGACCACUCUUUAAGGAGGUUAUCCGCAUCGGCCUUCAGCGUCGGCGGAUAGCACUCUCCUCGAUCUACAUAAUUAUUCAGAUCAUACUCAGCCUCAUUAAAUAAUUGCUAAGAACUGUAAUCGUUGUGUUUAAGGAACUUAAAUAAUUUCCCCCUUCAAAUCAUCUGAACUCUCUUUUUCCCAAUGUACGAGAGAGUUCUCCGCGGCUGUAAGACCACGCCAGAAUUGGUCUUCUGCAGAUAAUCUGUUACAUCAGGUGCAUUUCUUGCAGGAAGUUUCCUCUGCGAAAAUGCCAAUCAUUCUAACGAAGGCAGGGGUCUAACUUCAGUGUGUUGGUGCAUGUGAAAAGGCCUUUGGCACCCACAAGGACACCUGCAAUGAAAUCAUGUCUUGGGCUAAAAUGGCUUGGCACGCGCGUCUUGCAACUGUUUGGCCCUAAUUAGUUUUCAAGCCAAGGAAGUCAUGGCCUCUUUCACCCACUUCGAGUUCUUCUAGACAACAUCAUCGUACGGCACCCACGGCAUUGUUCGUCGAGCUUCCAGCAAAUGUUCACCACCUCCGUUUGUCACUCUUUAACUCACCCCUCCGUAGUCUUAGACCCUGUUUACAUAGAGUGGGGGACCCCGGUUUACUGGGGUAGGUUUCUUUUGUUUUGUGUUCCCCAGAGCGUGAAAACAAAAGAAACCAACCCCACUAGACCGGGGUCCCCCACUCCAUGUAAACAGGCCCUUAGUCUAUUACGAAGCUGGGAUUUUUGGCUCAGUCAGUCAAGUGUACAUUUCCAUGCGCCAAAGGCUGAACAACUUAACCUGUUGUGGGCAGUGUAACAAGAAUAUUUUUGUAGGCACUUGGAGGGAGAAAUACGUGAAAAUGCAGUGAACUGGACAUCGUUUAACAAUACUAAAACAAUAAUUCCAGGAACUGACAGGAACGUCUCGUUCAGUGACCUUCAAGCUGCUCAUCGAGAAAUCCUUUUGUAACCUCAGAUGACAGCUUUAAAAUAGCGUUUUUUCUUAAUACUUGAAUUAAAUAACAAUAUUUAUACAAGAACAGCUAGCCGACUUUAAAAAUGAACCGGUUUAACAGAAUAGUGUAACUGUGUACUAAAAGUCUUCCAUAUUUAGUCACUUCAGAGUAGAAAGUGACGUAUACAAGUCGGAGCAACGUAGAUUUUGAAAUAAAUUCUUCAUUUUGUGCUGGCCCUAAGGACGUAGCCACCAAGAUGGAAAAUUGUUUGAAUUUUCACUUUUUUAAUAAAUGAAGAUAAUAGUUAUUUCAGUCUUUCCAUUCCUUAGAAUGGGAUUUUCGAUCAAAUCUCAGAUCGCUGGAUUAAAACAGCGUCUUUUUAUUUAAUUCAGCAACAAUUGUUGUCCUCAAAUAGGGUAACUUCGGAGAACAAAACAAUCUACACCCCCCCCCCCCUCCAUUCAAAGUUGGGGUGUUUUUGUUUUCCACAGGUAGCCCGAACAGCGACACAACAUUGCAUGGAGGGGAUGUCAACUAAUUUUGUUGCCGAUUGUAUGGUGAACUAAAUGUUCGCUUUUCACUCUACGGGAGAAAAUUACGAUUAUUGACCAAAUAGAACGUUGUAUAGAUUUAAAUUAUAAGAUAGUUAUUUAUUUUAUUUAAUUCCACACAGUGGAGACUGUAUUUAGAGAAGGCGCCACUUGAAAGUUAUAACGGGAACUGAUAAUAAACACUAUUAUUCAACCGACUAGGUCGGGACUCUUUGCAUGUCAAAAGACACCUUGCCCAGUAUACUUGUAAACAGAAUCGGUUUUAGUCAGUGUCUGUUUCUACUUGUUUGUUUCAUUACUAUCAAAGUUAAUUACUGUUAAACAGAUUGAACAAGUACAACGCCACGACGGUGAAGACGGCGCGCACAGAUCUUAAAAACGAGUUGACAAAGGAUAGAAAGUCAAAUCGAGCACCGGAAAUCAUGCCCAGUCCUUUCCGCGCGCUAUCGCCAGAAGUUCCCUGGGGCCCGUUUCUCGAAAGUCCCGGUAACUUUACGGGCCCGAAAUCAAAUAUUCAAAUCGAAAUAUGAAGAAUUAGAGCGCGGGUCCUGGCUAGCAAACUACUCCAUUUUGUUUCAUUGACUGACAGUUUUAUCAUGUUAGAUGCAAAACUAUUGAAACCUCGAUCUUUAAUGUAAACGGAGACAGCUUACCGGGCCCGUUAAUUAUCGGGACUUUCGAGAAACGGGCCCCAGCUCUUGUUUAUUAGCAGUUUUUCUCAAAAGAAAUAUUUUAAUAUGUGUUAUUUGAUUACAAAACAGUCGUGUAACUGUUUUUACGUUCCUUGUUUUCGUGAUUUUCUGGUUUCAGAAAUUUCCUCGGCUCUUGUUUUGAGCUAAUAUAAACACUGAAGAGGCUAAAUAACGUUUUGUUUGUUUAUUUGUUUAUUUAUUUAUUUAUUUUUAUCUGAGGAUAAAUAAAGUUUUAUGUAUUUACUUUUAAUUUUAUCUCUUUGUCUUUUAAUUCAUUUUAUGUAUACUCAAGCAAAGUGUGUAGUAAAGGUAAAGCCAACUUUAAACCUGACCAGAAUGGCAAUACCGAUUCUGAGUUUUACUUCAUCUUUUGAUUGCAAUGAUGGGAAACAUUAAUUAACAAUCUUUUCCCUUAAUUUAUAUACUUUUGAUUGUCGAAAAAACAAUUUUCCUAAAUGUCUGGAGAAAAUCACGAUAAGUUUCAAAUUUCAUUUUGGACAAUUUUGCUAACCAAAUAAGCCUUUUGCAUUUAUAAUAACGGAGUUUACCUUACACUGUUUACACUAGAGAAACGUCAGCGAAUGCUUAUCCACAUUGAUCAGUGACCAAGUUAACCAAUCUUAGUGCGCUCAUAGACCGUUAUAUAUCAACAAACACGUCAGUCACACGCUGUUUCGAUUAUUACUUCAUCCAUAAAUAUCGUAAAUUGCCAAUCUCCAUUUUCUCGCAGGUGUUUUGAGUACCAGAAAACGAUUUCUGUGAAAUCCGGCAAGUCUAUUUUUAAGAAAUCAGUCUCACUUAAAAACCUUAGUAUACUCUUGUUUCUAGUAUACUCUUCUUUUUAGUAUGAUGGUGUAAUCAAACAGCGAAGCCAACAGCAACAACUCUCCGCGACGUAUACACUUUGUUGUCGAUAAGAAUAACGUGAAUAACUGGAGCGUCUGCGUGACCUCCAAAACUGUCAUUUUAGAGGUAAGUUUGAUAGAUUUUGAUUCUUUUUAUCUUUGUGAACAAUACUUAUCUGUUGUACGACUAAGGUAAUCGAUUUUUUCCUAUCUUUUGUAGGUUCUUCUUUUUGUUUUAUUAGGGAAUUCGCCUGCGAAGGAAAUCUUGUGCAAUGGUAUGGUUAUUUUUUUUUUUUUGUUAUUGAAGUUUAAUUUUUCUUCUUGUGUUGGUAAAAGAAGUGUUUUCUAUGAUGAUAAUGAUAAAACAGCUUUUUUUAUGCUGUAAAUAUUAUCCCAAAGCAUUCUUUUUCAAAGUUGCACCGGCGCAUAUUUUCCUUGUUUGUAAUUUUACUCGGGUUGAUAUUGUUUAAUUACUUGCGCCAGUUACUCAUUGAUGGCCGCCUAUGGCUUUAUAAAUUUUUCGGAAAUCACUAAGAUAAUCGACUGAGACGUCUGUAGAUUUUUGGCCUUUUGCAAUUACCUCUCUAGAGGAGGGCUCAAACACAUAAUUACAAAGUUGUUGGUCAACGGCUUGUUAAAACUGAAGAACGUUUUAAGAUAAGUGGGAUCGAAAUCGUACCUAUAUACCCAGACUUUCGCCCACCAAACUGUUCCGCAUCUAUCUGUCCUUGGGCCUUAGUGACGUAAGUUUAGCACCUGGAAGAAGUUCUGUAUUUCAUAGAGGAAGUUGUACUCAAACAAUGCUAAGUCGUGUAUUUCGUAGUUGAGUUAUAAAAACUGCCGUAAGUCAAACAUGUAAACAACACGUCGUAAAUUGCAAAACAACCUUGAUGUCUGCUAGUUAAAAGUUGUGUGAAUAGAUCGAUUUUAUUCGUUUGUUUGACAAACAAGUUGUACAUAUUUUGUUAGAAGUCAAGUAAAUGAAGCUGAAAGUCGUAGACCUAACAGCAAAGUUGUAAAUGUAUUGUAGGAAGUUAUCUUCGACAAGGAUAAGUUGUGUAUAAAUUCACACAAGUUGUACACAAAUUCACACAUACAUUUUUGUCCCCUAUGGCGUGUCAUAAAAGAGUACGAACCCUGAACUCAGGUGACUGUUUUAAAUAACAAUAUUUAAACAAGAACAGGCGACGUUAACAAGGAGCUAGUUUAACAUAAUAUUUGUGAACUAAAAGUUUGCUAUAUUUAGUCACUGUAGGAUAGAAAGUGACGUACACCAGUCAGAGCUAUGUAGAUUUUAUAAUUAAAUGUUUAUUUUAGGUUGGUCGGGCACAGUUUCCCGGGGGGGUACUCGAUAUAUCCCUGGGUGGGGAGGUGCGGCGCGGCCCCUCAUACCCUGGCCCUGUUUAAGACAAAUAUCUCUGAUUUUCCUACCCUUUUUAAGACAGAAUUCCAAUUUUUGAUACCCUGUUUAAGACAUUUAUCCUGUUUAAGACAAAAAUUGAAAAAUCGAUACCCUGAUUAAGACAAAAAAUGAUAAAUUCGAUACCCUGAAAAACAUUCCCUGGCUGGCCGCACGUCCCCAUUAAGCCCUUAUAAGGGAGUACCCCUCGGGGCACAGUGUCUGAACUACAUCUGUAAUUUUGUCGCCGAUUGUAGUUUAAACUAAAUGUUCGCUAUGUUUAUUCACUCCAUGGGUGAAAAUUAUUAUUAUGGACCAAACAGAACGUUGUAGAUAUAAAUUAUAAGAUAGAUAUUUAUUUUAUUAAAUUCCACUCAGGAAUUCAGCCAACUAGGUCGGAUAUCGUCUGUUCAAUAAUGUACUUUUGUAUGUAAAAAGAUACCUUGCCCAGCAUACUUGUAAGUAGAAAAGGUUUUAGUCAGUGUCUGUUUGUACUUGUUUGUUCCAUUGCUAUUAAACAGACUUGGCAAAGACAACGCCACGACGGUGAAGAAGACGCGCGCAGAUCGUAAAAGCGACUUGACUGACCAAGGGUAGAAAGGCAAAUCAAACACCGGAGGUCGGAUUCAGUCCUUUUCUGCGCGCUAUCACGACAAGCUGCGUUUUCUUUGAUAAAUUUGUCUAUUAGCAGUUUGCCCUGACAGAAUAUGAUUUAUUUGAUUACAUAACAGUCUUGUAACUGUUUAUAGUUUUCCUUUUGUUCUCGAUUUUCUGGUUUCAGAAAUUUGCUUGGCUCCUGUUUUGAGUUAAUAAACACUGAAGAGGCUCAAUAACGUUUUAUUUAUAUUUUUUAAUUUUUAUUUAUUUUUAUCUGAGGAUAAAUAAAGUCUUAUGUGUGUAGUUAAAGUAAAGUCAUUUGUUCAAAAAAAAAUUUCAAGUUUAAACUUGACGAGAAUGACAAAUCUCAAACUGUUCAUUAAACCGAUUUUGAGUUUGCUCCCUCUUUUGAUUGCAAUGAAGGCACAUAUGAAUUAAUCUUCUUUUUCAGUAAUUUAUAUAAUUCUGAUUGUGGAAAAGGUAAUUUCCUAGAAUAUCUGGAAAAUGCCUCGUUAAGUUACAAAUUUCAUUUCGGACAAUCUUGCUAAACAAAUAAGCCUUCUGCAAUUAUGAUGGCGUAGUUUACCUUACACUGUUUACACGGGAGAAACAUCAGUGACUGCUUAUUGACGUUGAUUAGUGACCAAGGAAACCAAUCUUAGUUCGCUCAUAGACCAAAUAAGUCAGUCGCACACUGUUUCGAAGAUUACUUUAUCCAUAAACAUCGUAAAUUGCCAAUCUCCAUUUUUCCUGCAGGUGUUUCGUGAAAUUCGGCAAAUCUGUUUUUUGAGAAACAGUCUCACUUAAAAACCUUGGCUUACUCUUAUUUUUAUUGUAUGAUGGCGUGAUCAAACAGCGACUGGAAGAGAACAUCGACAACUCUCUACGACGAAUACACCUUGUUAUCGAUAAUAAUAACAUGAAUAAUUGGAGAUUGUGGAAGACCUCCAAAACAUUCAUUUUGGAGGUAAGUUUGAUAGUUUUUGAUACUUUUUUAUCUUUGUGAACAAGAUUUAUCUCUUGUACGACUAAGGUAAUCGAUUUUUUUCCAUAUCUUUUGUAGGUUCUUUUUCUUGUCUUAUUGGGAAAUUCACUUGCGGAGGAAAUCUUGUGCAAUGGUAUGGUUAUUUUUUUGUUUUUGUCUUUCCAGUUUAAUUUUUUUUCUUAUGUUGCUCAAAAAAGGAAAGUGUACUUUAUAAAGAUAAUAAUAAAACAGUUUAUAUAUAUAUAUAUAUAUUGUAAACAUUAUCUCUAAGAAUUUCUUUCAAAGUUGGACCUGAGCUUUUUUUGCGUUAUCUUUAAUUUUACGCGGGUUGUCAUUGUUUAAUUGCUUACUCCAGUUACUCAUUGAUGGCUACCAAUGGCUUUAUAAAUUUUUCGGAAAUCACUGAGAUAGCCCACUGAGACGUCUAUAAAUUUUACGGUCUUUGCAAUUACCUCUCCAGAGGAAGGCUCAAACACAAAUUACAAAGCUGUUGGUCAACGGCUCGUUAAAACUGAACAACGUUUUAAAAUAAGUGGGAUCGAAAUCGUACCUAUUACCCAGACUUUCGCCCACCAAACUGUUCCGCAUUUAUCUGUUCCUGGGGCCUGUUUCUCGAAAGUUCCGAUAAAGGCCCGGAAAGUUGUUGUUGUUUACAUUUAAGAUCGAGCUUUCGGAUCUAUUUGUAUUUAUGGGGACACAGAAACGUUUUACAGCUAAUGCGAUAAAACUAUCAGUUAACAAAACAAAAUAGACUGUUUUUUAUUCUUUAGAUUUUUAAAAUUUGAAUAUUUUAUUUCGCGCCCGAAAAGUUACCAGGACUUUCCUUAAACGGGCCUCAAGUUACAAGUUACAGAAACUCAGCUGGUCACUGUUAUGCACAUGGAAAUUAAAGAUACUCAAAUUGUUUGAAAAGAAUAGGUCACGAAAAUAUGAGGUGACACUUAAGUACAUUUAUAUGGAGCUAGAGAGAAAACGUCUUCAUGAUUUGUGGUAUUGACUGUCACUGGGCAUGGACAUGUAUGCAGUAAACCAAGUAUCUGACAACUGUAUUUUUGUUAUUCGUUGGUGACCAUUGUUUCUCUAGCGCCACCUUCCUCAGCUCCCCAUAAAGAAAACAUUCGAUGAACUUUAAUCGGGCACGGUUAAAUUUUAAACGUAGAUUUUGUACCCCUUGAAGUUCAAGAAAAAUUUCGAGUUUCAUACUGCAAAAUACUGAACUGAGUAUUAGACAAAAAAAUGUUUAAAGGGGUUUCAUUUGAUUGGUCAUACUGUAUGAUUUUGUCCAAAAUCUCAAAAGUUGAAAACACCAUUUACAACAUAAUAAGCAGUACCACGGAGAAGUACUGCUCAGUAGCUUUCAUUUGAAGGGUUACACUGUAGGAUUUCAUCCACAGAUUUAAAAGUUAGAACCACCUUGUACAGCAUAAUAAACAGUACAACCAGAAAGUACUGCUCAGUAGCUUUCAUUUGAAUGGUCACAUCAUGGGAUUUCAUUCACAGAUUUAAAAGGUAGAACCACCUUGUACAGCGUGAUAAACAGUACCACCAGAAAGUACUGCUCAAUAGCUUUUAUUUGAACGGUCGCACCGCAAGAUUUCGUCCACAGACUCAAAAGUGAGAGCUAUCCAGUACCUACAAAAAAUUAAAUAGUGCAAGAGGAAAAACUACUCGGUAGCUUUUUUGAGAAUUGUUACUAACACCAAACUAUAAAACUUAGAAAUACGUUCCUUUUCUUUUUGUGUUUUGUCUGAUGAUUUCAUAUGAAUUCUUUGGUUGAUCCUAAACAAAUUUCGACAGAUGAACUUGAGGUCAAACUUGUGUUUGUUAUGUGUACAGUUGUCGUUAUUAGAUUAUUAGGAAUAGGCGGAGUCCAAUUCAGUCAUACGAGAGAUUAAACAAAAUCGGACGUCCGCCUCGCUGCGGUCCGAUUUGUUUAAUCAAAACCUGAGAUCCGGCCCUUAUCAGCUUUCAUGCACGCAAUUUCUCUCACGUGGUCGCGCUCGUUUCGCCUCGCCUGCCUUUUUACAUGUAUCAAGCGAAACAGGGCCUCAAUGAACAUCACUCUUGGUGAUGUGAGCCUCCUGUACUAAGAUUUUUAUUAUUAUUCAUUGUUAAACAAAAGUAAUGUGUAUUGUGGGAGAUGUGCAACUGGCGAAUAAGAACAAUUCUUGUAAGCGGCCAUCUCCAGUUACGAACACUGCCUUCUUUGGGUGUCCACUUAUUAGAGCUUCCACUAUAGUAAUGAGUAAACGGGAGCAAUGUUAAGUCUCGAUUAUUUUAGUCAUACACGUGUGUAGACUAACCCUGCGAUCUUCAUUAUUUUGCAGACCAUGAUUUUUACCUAAAGUUUACUACGAAACAUUCCUCACUCGUUUCGAAAGUGACAGUUGCUGGUGAACAAGACAUUGAAGCAUUCACGAUAUGUGUGUGGGUCAAAACCAAUGAUGUAGGAGGCCCUUUUGGCCUUCUACGCUAUUCAGAUGAAAGUCUUAACAAUCUCAUUUCCUUAUCCGUUGAUUAUGGCAACGAGAACCUUGUACUUACUCUCCUUGAUGAACAAAGGUAAUUCCUCAUAUUUAACCCUUUCUUAAGCCCUAAGAGUGAUCAGCAUCGAGUUUUCCCUUGUAAUAUCAAUGCUUUGCAAAACAGAGUGGUCAUGAGAAUUACGGACAUAAUCACACAAGAUGAAUUUGCUUGACAUUUUAUCAACUUCUCCCCACCACUCCUGUAGGAAAUGAAUAGGAGCAACAAAUGAGAACUCAAAUUUUGAUCUUAGGGCUUAAAAGGCGCAAUAGUAUUCUCCUUUUGGAAACCUGAAGGGUACUGGAGCCGGAAUGCGUCUCGCAAGUAUUUCUGGGAUCGUUAUUGGGAACGCGCCGCUCAACUGGGCAAAAGGGAUCUUACGGGGGCGACGGCGACGACGACGGCAGACAAAACGUCCCUGAAAAAGUGAAUUCGCGUCCUUUCAAUCUUCAUCGCGAUUACUUCCAGUCUCUAACUUUGUCCGAUGUAGGCGAACCCUCCGAAAGUUGAAUUCCUAAGAACCCUAUCCAAAUUCAGAAAGAGAGAGGAAAUUUCGUCUUCGCUUGUGUACUUCCUCUGUACAACGUGAAAUUAGGCAUUUUCACGUCGUGGUCGUGCAGUGACGGCAAAGAAAUGUACAAAAAAACGUGAUGCACGUGAAAAAUGGUUGUUUUGGUUGUUAAACCUGUUAUUUUUGUGACGUUCUCGUUGUGGUCACCGUCGUCGGAUCUUGAGGUCCCUAAUAGGGAUCUUACGACGGCGACGGCAACGGGAAGGUCUUACACAAUACGUUUUAUAAGCAAAAUAACAACUCUUCAAGACGUGAAAUUAUAGAAUUUUGAGUUGACGUGAAAACGGCACCGACAAAGUGAUAAAUUUUACGAUCUCUUUCUUACUUCCGACGUGGUUCCCUCUCUUUAGUUCCAACCUAACGUCCCAACUUUCAAGUAACUGGGUGACUUGGUAUCAAAGGCCAAAAAUUUCCGAAGGACCUGAGGUCUAUUUUCUAGCGACUUUGUCAUUGGCGUCGCCGUUGUCGAAUCGUAAGGUCCCUGCCGGCCAAUAUUCUUUAAGGCCGAUUUAGAUCAGACGGUACGAUUUUUGCUCACGACUAUCGUGCGCGACUAACAUACUUCAUGACUUUCGACCAUCCACAAGCGCACAAUUUUCACUUACGACAUCCACGUGUUGUACGAAUCUCAUGUGUUUAUAGUCGUAAGCAAAAAUCAUGCCGUCUAAAUCGGCCUUUUCAAGCUCCUAGAAACAUUCCCAGAAGUCUUUGCGAAAGUUAACUCAGCCCAGUUCUCUCCUCGUUUCUGAGGUUUCGAAUUAAAGGAGCUAACAAUCAACAAAAUGAGUAACCCAUGAAAGUAACUACCAAAAAUAUUAAGGUAUGAAUAACACGACUUCGAAUACAGUAGUCGCACUGUAAAUAUCCAUGGCAGAUUAUUUUACGUUUCCUUCUACUGCUGAACGUUUGCGUUGUAGCAUUUGACCACUUCUUUGUUUAUAAAACUCUUUCUACUUUUCUCAUUAUAGAAUACUGGCACUCUUGCCUGGUAUUCGUGACAAUACUUGGCAUGGAAUCUGCGUUUCCUGGCAGACCGAGGGUGGUAGUUUCAAGGUCUACUAUGAGGGGAGACUCAUUCAGGAGAGCGUAGGUUUCAAAACCGGAAUUCAAAUACCUUCGGAUAAAACCUUUACUGCAGGAGUUGGAAGAGAUAAUAAUGAACUGUAUUCAGGACAGCUGGGGCAUAUUAAUGCAUGGCCUCGGGUCUUGGAGCAUCCUCUCUUAGCUGUACUGUCAUCUAAAUGUGGAGCAGAACGCGGAGAUUGGGUGUCUUGGCCAAUGUUUAAAGAGGAUGUUCAUGAAAUAAUUGUGGUUGAUGGAGAGACUUGUCCUCCUACGGGUAAUUUAAAUAAUUCCAAAUUAGUUUUAAAAAUAAAUACGCUUAAUCGUCAGUUGGGUAUUAGGAGAUUCAUCGCCUUCAAACGAGAGAAAUUUGCUAAAGCUAAGCAAAUAGCUUCAAAGUUAAGGUUGGCACUUGUCUCCGGGAUGAAAAAUAAUCGUAUAUUUAAAGACACCUUAAACAAGCGAUUGCAAGAAUCGAGUGACAGAAAAUAAAUUAAAUAAGUAAAUAAAUAAAUAAACGAUGGACAGAGAGUAAAAAAGAAAGAUAGAAAAUACAAAAAAAUAGAAAACAGUUAUAAGAACUUGGUACUGUAUUUUGUUAAUAGUUAUUGCGUGGUUAUUGUUAAUUUUUGUUUGUUUAGACUAUGAUUUGCCAGAAGAUCUCUUGGUACACCUUAGUCUUGACGGCGAAGAUGACAGCGAUAAGUUGAUGUAAGUUAUAUUAAAACCUUUUGAUACUGACUUGGGCAAAUUUUCUCCUGUAAAAAGAAUUUUCUGUUUUUAGGUUUUCUCUUUCGUUCGUGAUAAUCCUUGUUGGCAUGCUUAACCUCCAUGUUUACCCCUUUUCAUUUCUAGAAGUAUCCAGAGUCCGGACAAAUUCGACAAAAUUUUUAAAUUUCGUUAUGCAAAAUGCUGAAAAACAAAUAUUACCAAGUGAAAGACAAGUUCUCCUAAAGAGGUUUCAUUCGAAUGGUAACCCCAUAAACUUCAUCUGCAGACCCAAACGUUUGCACCACCUUAUUGUAAGACUAUAUCUUUCACCCUGGGAAUGAAAAGUACUAUUCGUAUAUUUUUCAAUCAUCUUAAAGGAAAUUAUGCCUUCCCCAUAUGGGAUCAAAACCAAUUUUUCACCACUUUAUUGUGGUCUUAGGUUGAGGUUUGACAUGAUCUAGGUUAAAAAAUAGGUUUUGAUGGAUAUUACCAUGAAAACGAUAUCCCGAGAAUUCGAAAUCAAAAUCUUAGAGGAAGAAUGUUGUAGCCUGCGAACGGCAGACGUUUCUCCUUGCUCUUCGCAGCUGAGGGACGUUUCGCGAAACGUCCCUCGGCGGCGAUGAGCGAGGAGAAACGUCUGCCUUUCGCAGGCUAAGAAUGUUGUUUAGCGAAUUCAAUCUGCACGGAUAAAAAUUGAAUUUAAAAGUAGUAUUCCAAUGAAACUUUAAAGAAACAACUAAAACUGGUACUUUAAAACCACAGUUAACUCUUGUAUCACUAAUGCAAUGGUACUUUGCCUUACUUUUAGCCUUAAAUACAGCGCUAGUUUCUUGGAAGGCCGUCUUGAUGGACACAACGCACUUUACUUGGAUGAAACUCGAGCUUAUGCGACAGCUGACAAUAUCACUCUCGGCCCUUCCUUCACCAUUGCUUGCUGGAUAGAACUAGUGCCUUCUGACCCACACCUUAGAGGAAUAGUUCAAAAUGAUCUACAGAUUCCUGGAUUUAUUUUUGGCGUUAAUACUAACAACCAGUUGCAGUUAACUUAUUGGGUUUCGAACGCGUCGUAUAUUUAUACCGCGGGUAAAGUCGUAGAAAGACAAUGGGUCCACGUGGCUGUGUCGUUUGUCCGAAACACGGAACUUUUCUUUUUUAUCAAUGGAUUUAAAAUCUCCCCCACGGGGAAUAGCAGUUAUCCUUGGGACAACACAACGGGGUUGUUAGAAAUUGGCAGGUCCUUCGACCCUGAUCAAAACAAGCAUUUUUACUUUCACGGAUAUCUCAGCGAUCUGUUUAUAUUUGGAAGGAGUCUGGGUGCCGAGGAGAUUGGAAAACUUAUGGGUAAGAACAAAUGUCCUCGUCAUCUUUGUUGUUUUCGUUUUUGUUUCUUUGUUUUUACACAGGUAGCCCAAGCUCGAAAUAUGAGCAUCGGGGAACAUCGGCAUUGCUGCGUAACAUUCGAAAUAUAAGGAUUUGUAUGGGAAAAAACCUAUCGUUUCUGUAACCCACGAAAAUGAAAGGAUUUCAAUAAAAAAUGCUUACCUUACUUAAAAUGAGUGAUACGUCUCUCCUGUGUGGUCCAUGGGCCGACUUAUGGCCGUUGUAUGGGUUUUUAUGUAAACCGUUUUCUCUCUAUAGUUGGAGCGAAUUUACGGCCGUUUUCCUUCGGUGGAUCAGUCGGGCCGCUUCGCUGGAGUGCCCAGCCUUGGUAAAGCUUUAUAUAGAGAGAAAACCGUUUAAAUAAAAGCCCAUUAAACGGCUAUAAAUCGGCCCGUGGACCACACAGGAGAGACUUAACACAUAUUUUAAGUAAGGUAAGUUGUUUUUUAUUGAAAUCCUUUCAUUAUCGUAGGUUACAGAAACGAUAGGUUUUUUCCCAUACAAAUCCUUGUAUUUCGAAUGUUACGCAACAAUGCCGAUCGAUGCUCGCCGAUGCUCAUAUUUCGAGCUUGGGCUACCUGUGGUUUUUGUUGACUAUUAACCUAUGUAAACGGCGAAGACCAGAUAAUUUUGAUGCCUUUAAAUGUGAUCUUAAAGAAAUCCAUGAAAACUCUCUGUAAAACGCUUUCAGAGUUCCAUCAACUUUUAGAUAUAUCAACGGUGUCAUCUUGUUAGUACAAAAAGUCUUAUUUUUUCUGAAGCUUCGUUCUAUACCGUACAACAGUGUAACAUUCACUGUCAGUUUUAUGGAUCCCUAAAAACUUUUUUUUUUGCUCCUUUUAAUUCGUUGUUGUUGUUUUAAUGUCUUAGGCCGGUCGCCAUCUUGUACUUACACGGAUUGGACUUGGUCUCGGUUAACACCCCUAGAAACGCCAACAAAUAAGUACCGAGAAAUGUCAUGCCGAGGGAUCGGUCAGUGCACACAAACGACUCCCUGGCUACCAGGUAUUGUUGAAAUGUUUCCUCGAAAAAAUAAAUAAAUACAUCUCUAAACCAAUCUGCGAUGGUUAGAAAUCCUCAAAAAGACUCUUUCUGAUGUUUGAUGUUUUUUAGAAAAUGUAAUUGACAAAAUGGAAGACUGAAUUUAUAUUCAUUUGCGCCCGUCUGAUUGCCGUAGCAGCUCCUGGCUUUAGCCAAAAAAUAAAAAUUAUCAGACUUGAUAAAUAUUUAUGAAUCGCUUCUGUGAUUUUUGAAUAUUGAAUACUGAUUUCCAAGGUAUGUAUAUCACACUAAACGGUUUUUCAACGAUAACAGGUACAACGAACUAAAAGUUAAAAGCUGGGAUUUUCUCUCCCACUUUUAGGUGUUUGGAUAUCAGAUGAAAUACUGUGUCAUGUUUGAUAAAAAGUAUGGCUGAAGCCUGUUGGCGACACAAACACAAGCGCACAAAAAAGAACGUCAAAAGAGUAUUAAUUUUAAUAACCAAAACAAAAUCUUUGCACGCUCAGCUCAAUUUUUGCACAUUUCUCUGCUGUCACUACACGACUACUACGUGAAAACGCCUAAUUUCAUGCUCUAUAGAGGGUAAAACUAGCCACGACGAAGUUCAUUUUUCUUUUUGAACUUGGAUAUGGUUCUUAGGAAUUCAACCCCGGGAGAGGUGGCCCAAAUUUGACAAAGUUAGUGAGUUGGAAUAAUCCCGCCGAAGAUUGAAAGAACGCGAAUUCGCCUCUUCAGCGACGUUUUCGCCGCCGGUGCCGUCCUCGGAUCUUAAAGUCCCUAAAACUCUUGUGAAUGCCCUCGUGCUUGCGUUUUGCUUGCUUUGCUGGUGAAAAACAAGCUUUAUUGCUCCAAAGCCCUUCUACAAAAUAUAAGUUCUGAAAAGCAGAAAAAAAAACUGUUCAAGGAAAUGUGAGCUGAAGUGCACUUCCUCUAAAUACAAUCAGCUGAGUUCCUCUUUGAAAUGUAGCGAUGCUUAUUUAGUCACUAGGGAGCUUUAGCAAAGACGACGGUGACGGUGACGGCAACGAGAACGUCAAAAAAGCAAUAGGUUUAUUAAGCAAAACAACAAGUUUGCACGUGCAUCACGCUUCUUUGUACAUUUCUUUGCCGUCAGUGCACGACUACGACGUGAAAAUGUCCAAUUUCACGUUUAUGGACGACGUAAACAAGGGAAGACGAAAUUUUCUCUCUUUCCAAAUUGACUGCGGUCCCCAAGAAAUCAACUCCAGAGAAAUUCGCCCGCAUUUGACAUUUUCUGCGCAUUGGAAUAAACGCUACAAAGUUUGAAGAAAAGCAAAUUCCUUUUAAAAGUGGCGUUUUCGCUGCUGUCGCCGUCGUCGAUGCUAAAGCUCCCUAUUUUCUUCCAAGGUGACUGCAGGGAAUUACUUUUAACUGGAAACAGAGCUAGUGGUGUCUACACAAUAAAUCCUCUAAACGAGGUAGAGUUUCAAGUGUUCUGCGAUCACGACACGCAUGGCGGAGGUUGGACAGUGAUCCAGAGAAGACGAGGAAACGAUGUCACAAAUUUUAAGAAGAGUUGGAGUGAAUAUAAAGCAGGUACAUUUUGUUGUAUGGCCUAAGAGUGCGCGCUCCUAUUGGUUAAAUCGAGGUCACAUGACAAUUAACAGAAAGUUUUCUGAGCGGGCAAUAUUGCAAAAUCUAUGACCUAAGAGAGUAAACGUGCAAUGUCACUCAUGAAUUUUAACCGCUCUCUUAGUUUUACGUUCAUAAAGUUUUCUUCUCUGGCUGUAUAACAAACCACUUACUUUUUUCCCUCCUUGGAUCUCAGUGUCUCGUUCGGCUCCAUCUCGGAAAACAUUGAAAACAACCCCCGUAUUUUCUGGGCAGAUGUCAUAUGAACCUAAUUUGAUGGCCUUGGAUACCUUGAGUCUCCCCAGUUGUAAAGCAUCUCAUCAAGUAACCAGAUGGUUCCUGAAUCACAUGCGUCACUGACUGGACAAACGCCAUUUUCAUAUAUUCACCAGGCUUGUUAUUCACCAUUACAUUUGUAGAAGGAAAGUGAAGCAUAAAUAGGGGUAUUGUAAGUAAUUUGAUAUAAGGAGACGAAUCGUAAGUAGUCGCCUCCCACUUUUGGAGGUCGGUGUUGGAGAAAAAAAGAGCGAUGCGCUUCGCCAUCCCCCCGCCUCCUCCUUAAACUCCGGGCAGAGGGCCCGCUCUCAAGCAAAUAGUUUUGGUAACAUUGCACAGGUGAUUAAAGGUUUAGAAAAAACUGUUUGAGACAGUCAAAGCCAAUUAUUCGGAGAUCCUUGCUCGGUUGGGAAAAUGCUACUGAUCCCAUUCAUUGGUUGAACUUUAUUCAAGACAGUUAUCGUAGCGAGUUUAUUACAUUUUCGUAAAAUCAGUUUUUGUUGUUGAUGUUUUCGUCGUUCUCUCAGGUUUUGGCGAAGUAAACAACCAAUCAGAGAUGUGGCUAGGUAAUGACAAUAUCUACGCCUUGACAAGCAAGAACACAGAACUCUUGAUUCAACUGGAAAUCUCUGAUGGAAGCAAAGGCUAUGCUAUUUACAGUAACUUCCAUGUCGCAGACGAAGGUGCUCUUUACAAGCUGUCGCUGGGAGAGUUUUCCGGAAAUAUUCCAAACGGUUUCGAUUCGCAUAACGGUUCUAGUUUUGCAACUCCAGAUAAAGACAGUUGCGCACUAUCGCAAAAUGGUGGAUGGUGGUUUACGACGGCAUGCAGUGAGAACGCUUCGCUUAACAGUGCGUCAAUAAAGUGGGUUGGCUUUCCUACGCAACUAUUCCCGAGUAUCAUCAAGACUGAAAUGAAAAUAAGAAGAACAGAUGGUAAGAGAAAUCCCAGAUACGUUUAAGAGAUCUCUAACUUCAGGAGUGUGAUCAAAAUCCUUUGGAGUGAACGUUCGAAUGAAAGCUCCCGAGCAGCACUUUCCAUUGGUACUGUUCAUAUUUACUAUGUUGUACAAGGUGGUUCUAACUAUUACUUUUGAGUCUGUGGAUGAAAUCCUAUAGUGUGACCAUUUGAACUAAAGCUACUGAGCAGUACUUUCCCGUGGUACUGUUUAUUAUGCUGUACAAGGUGGUUCUAACUUUUGAGUCUGUGGAUAAAAUCCUAUGGUAUGACCAUUUAAACUAAAGCUAUUGAGCAGUGGUUUCUGUGGUACUGUUUAUUGUGCUGUACAAGAUGGUUCUAACUUUUGAGUCUGUGGAUGAAAUCCUAUGAUGUGACCAUUCAAUUGAAAGCUACUCACUGAGAGCAGUACGUUCCAGACCUUCCAGUGUUACUGUUGUUUAUGCUGCACAAGGUGGUUCUAACUUUUGGAACUGUAAUGUGUUCUCAUUUUAAUAAAAGCUUCUUUAAACUAAAAAGCACUAAUUUUCCCAGGGUACUGUUGGACAGACAGCGUCUGUAAUCGUAAGGACGGGGGCUCGAGUUCUGCUCUGUCUGUUUCUGUCUCUCCGUCUGGCUCCCUCUUGCCAGUUUAUCCUGUUAUUUUCUCUGUCUGUGUAUUUUCUGCUUUAAGAAAUGUUAGUAAGGUGCCUGUAGACUAGCUAAAGAAGCUAAGUUCACUUCUAACAGAAAUCAAGAUUUACUUUUACUAAUUGAUAUCGUCACAUCUGCCCUUUUUUCAUCAGGUUUUUCCGGCGACUUUGACCUAAAGUUUCCACCGCGUUCGACUGGUUAUGUGUACUGGGAAAAUAUCUUAACUGACUUCGCAGCUUUCUCCAUUUGUCUCUGGCUUAGAUUUCAACUACCAUCACAUGGAAACGGGAUGAGCUUUCUUCGAUACAUUGCUGCAAACGGACAUUUCUUCAGCAUACACUACGAUAGCAAUAUAGUGGAGCUGCGGCUUGUUCAACCUGGGUAAUCAUGAACUUUCUGUAAUGUCAAUUUUGUUAGUAAUUUAUAGUCCCCUCCCUUACACAAGUAGAAAACAAAACGGAAUUUCACAUCAUUGUGCAAUUUAUCCACUCAGUCGCACCAGACCACGAGCGCUUUUGGACAGGUCUGACAUCCAUAAGGUUGCUACGAUACCAUCUGGGUUGAAAGAAGAAUUACGUUUUUAACUUACCACCUUGAUUUCUUUGCUAAUUUUUUACAGUUCUUUCGAGUAUUGGAAUUGUAGUAGUUUGUUAAACUGAUCAAUUAGGGCGGACGUCCUUAACCAGUCAGCGCAAAACCCGAACUUGUGAACUUCGAAAUGCCAGCAGAGCGCGCCUUGACCACUCUUGCAAGAUGUUAAUCUUAAGGGUGCAAACGGGCCAUCAAUGUUGGGAGUUAAUGCGGUCAUGUUAGCAGUGGUGUGCAAACGAAUGCAACAACUCAUAACAAUGUUGGAACCUGCAGUGCAUCAUGGGAAGGAUACAACCCAUAAGACCUUGGAGACCAUGUGUAAUGCACGUGCAUUACAAAGUUUGGAGAGCUGUACAAACGGAUGCAACAUUGUUGCGCUACGCCUCGGCGAUCACGCAACCAAUAAAAUGUUGGGAGUUGUUGGUUCAAAAGUUUGACCGGUUUCAAACUUUACGCAACAACUUCCAACAACAUGCAACAGGGUGUGCAAACAGACGCAACAUGUAACAUCCAGCAAUGUUGGGAGUUGUUGGGCGACAUUGUUGCGUCCGUUCGCACGGGGCUUAAUAAGUAAAUCGCUCUGUCCAUUUUUAGUGAUGCGGAGCAUACGUUCACCGCCAAUGAUGCACUGGGUUUCGACCACUGGUACCACAUGUGUGUUACCUGGACACAGAACGACGUUAUUCAAGGUGGAGCUGCCAGUAUUCACGUCGAUGGUAGUAAUAUCGCAAAUCAACAGGCAUUUGCUACGGGGGUUUCUUUCCAAGGUGGAGGGACAAUAUGGGUUGGUAAUGUCGAAGGAUUAAACAAUCAGUUUGAGGGGCAAAUCACGUCCAUGAAUAUGUGGGACAAGGUUAUAACAACAGCUUCAAUUCAAAAUCUCGCGAAUGGAUACCAAACGGAAGCGGGUAACGUUCUUCACUGGAGUUUCUUCGCUGCUAUGGCUCAUGGUGAUGUGCAGCUGUCGGCAUAUUCAUCUGUCUCCCCAAAAGGUACAGAAUAUGAACUUCAGUGCCCCGUUAAAGGAAUUUAUCAAUCCAUCCGUCUGUCUAUUCACACGUCUUUACACCUGCCGAUCCUUCCAUUUAUUCAUCCAUCCAUUCACCAAUUCAUCCAUCCAUUUUCCCACCCAUCCACCCAAUAACUCAUCCUUCCUUCCUUCCUUCAUUGCUCCAUUCCACCCAUCCAUCCAUCCCUCCUUCCUUCCUUCCUUUCUCCCUUCCUUCUAGUUGUUUUCUUCACUAUACGCCAAGGACGGCGGCACAUUCUCCUCCUCGAGUGCAAACUAUUAGCCGGUACCUGAUUCAGUACCAUUACCAUUAACAAUUGAAAGAAGAAGUAGAUGUUUAGUUUACCAAAUUCGUUGCUAGGCAAGCACACGUUGCUCUCCUUUCAGUAGUGCGUCACUCAAUUUUUCUUCCCAAAUUAGAACAAUACCACUGGACUUUUGACGGAUCAUCCACAACGGAUAGUUUUGACAUCCUGAAGCAAAAAGCAGCCACCCUAACGGGGGCGAGAAUACCUGAUACCCGACCAUCUCUUUUGAUCGAAGAAGAAGGGCAGUUUCUGACUGAGCUCAGCGGCGACAAGGGAGUCACUGUCUCGUUUUCCAUGAAGCAAGCUGGUAAGUCAUGUUUUUAUAAAUUGCUCAAAAAUUGAGAGACAAGGAAAAUUAUGCACAUUGGCGUACUUGGAUAUCUGAUGAAAAAACUUCGCGUGUUGUUAACGAAUCGUGAUUUUCUUUUGCCGUUUGUCGGUGACGUGAUUCCAAAUAUAUCUCAUCGGAUGGUGCCGGGUAAUACUGAUGGCUAUGACGAUUUUAAGACGAUGUUGACGACGACGAUGAUGAUGAUGAUGGUAAAAAUAAUGUUGAUGAUGAUGACGAUGAUGGGGAUGCUGUUGUGGUGAUAAUGCUGAUGGUGAUUGUGAAGUUGGUGCUAAUUACAUUAGUGAGGUUGAUAGCCGUUGUUAAUUAUUGUAACGUGUAUCAUCCUUUUAUUUUUACCUACUAGCCAUGACCUCUGACAUACUUCAGGAUGAUUUUGCAAGUAUCGAAUUUCUGCGCACGGCAUUUCCAUUUUUUAUCCGAGAAAGAGCAAAUUGGAAACGAUGCUACUUCGCCCAGCAAUCAUCCUGGAGAACGGAAGAGUUCCACUCCAGUUGUGAUUACAAAGGUCCUUCUUUGACCAUAAUUCAAGUCGGAAAAUACGUUUUUGGAGGGUUUGUGGAGCAGAGUUGGGGUGGUAAGUGUCCUGAGGUUCUCUUCGGGUGUACUUUGUUGAACCUGUUGCUUUUUUUAAGGGAAGGCUCCCAACUUCAUUUAGUCAUGGAUGUUUUACGUCUAUUAUUUCUUUCGUUAUAGUGUAUUUUGUAACCAUUUAGGUCAAACCCCAUGAUAUUUACUCAUUUUUAUGCCAUUGUAAAUUAUCCGAACCCUUUUUUGUUCAAUUUUUAAUAAUGCCGUUGUGUUAAAACUGAGCGAUCCUAUUCUAGUACCUGGCUGUUGAAAACGCAUCCCCAGUGUAGUUAAUGCCAGUCCGGCACAUCUCUAAUAGCCCUUAAUAGGCAAACAGACCAACUAACAAAGUUGGAAAAAGUAUGCUUUCGUAAAGGAUUGUUAUAAGAUUUAAAUUCGAUCUGUCUUUUCUUACCUUGUGUCCUACUAGGAUUACCAGCGGACAUUGGAAACCAGCAUGAAGGAUUUCUUUUUAGCUUGUUUAGCCCGGCGAGCGAGUCACCACGCCUUUUCCCUGUGCAGCACAACAAGACGUCCGCAAGAACAGAUCCAACGUUAGGCCCUAGCUUUGGACAGCGGGACCUCGAGCUCUUUCAAGAUGCUUCUGGCAGACUGAAGGGUUUUAGUAAUUUGGGAGCCUCAUUUAAUCUUUCGAAUAUUUCUUGGUCCCCCUCCAAAGCUCGAGAUUUUUUCAUUGGAUCUCCUCAUUUUUACCCGGACGAGGUUGAAGUGUUCUAUUACCACGGUAAGUGUACACGAUCUCCGGCUAUGAUUUUUAGGGAUACCAGAACGUAAACCUCGUAAAGUAGUUUUACUGUCAAGACAAUUUACAGUAAGCCCCCGCCUAAUAAGAACCUAGUUCUUUUUUAAGUCUGACGAAAUAGGUUCUUGUAUUUUGGGGUACGUAUUGGCGAUUUAGGCUAAGAAGGUUCUACAUUAGGUUCUUAAUUGCUAUGAAGGAGCUAAUAGAUUGUUGAUUACCAGAAAAAUAAAUAAACUUUUUAUUUAUUCACAAUUGUAUUACAUCCCUAACAAAAUUGACUACCGAAUUUAUAUAUAAAUUAGUACAGUAUAUUAUUAUUAUACUUAAAAUUACAGUUCAAAGUUACACUCCUUUGUUAAAAGUGUUUAUCAUAAUUUAACUGUAACCCACAUGUAAGAACCUGCUUGAUCUUGCUUGGCUAAACAGGUUCUUGUAUUUUGGGACAUUAAAGUGGCAAAUUUCUUCCAGGAGGUUCUUAAUCUUCAGUUUCUUAUUAGCGAGUGUUUACUGUAUUUCUUUAAAAGAGUAGCAUGUGGUCAAGGAGAUUUUCCAAGUACCUCGCAAAGUUAACUUUUGAUGAUUCAAUUAACAAUACAAGGUUGUUUGUGCCCGUGGACUCAAAUCGCCCAAUAAGCGCAACUACAUCAAGAGAUAUUAUGUAAACGACAGAGAUCAAUAUUUAACUCGUGGCCUAUAUUGGUUCGAGUGAUAAUUAUAACAGUCAUUUAAUCAUUUAUGUUAUAUCCCUCAGCUACUCUUUUGUACGGCUCACUAAAUUUGAGCGCUUUCUUUUCCACUCGCCCGAUUAAGUUCAGAGAUAUAAUAGAUUAAUAUGUUACUAACCUCCUUGUCUCAGUCCUUAAAUUAGGUUAUGGAUCCUUGUCUUUCCCGUUGAUUUAUAGCCCAGGCGUGCCAGAUAUAGUUUAGUAAGAGGUAUAAGGUAAUUGUUUUUGUUUGUUUGUGUUUUUUUUUCGCAGUGCCUCACAAACCUGUAGGACUUGAAAACGGCGCCAUAACUAACGUCCAGUUGAGCAGUUCAACCACUUCUGAUGGUAAUAUUUUUGCACACCACGCGAGGCUGAAUGCCGCAUCAAUUUGGUGUUCCGAGGUUGGAGACCCUAAUUCAUGGCUACAAGUGUUAUUGGGAAAACAAUACACAUUAACGCACGUUGCUAUCCAACAAACGUUUGAUGGGGACAGCGCCAGUUUUAACGUAGAAAGUUUGACAGUAAGAUACGAAAAAACUGAGGCUGGAGAAAACUGGAUAACAUACAGCAAGGUCGUGAAUGGAAUGUCAUUUUCGAAGGUAUUAUGGAACAGUGUAAGAUUCUGGGAAACUACCCAACCACCUACCCCUCCCCUGUCCCAAAACUUUGCCCUAAGAGAGAAAGCAGUUAGGGUAACGUAAAUGUAACUAUCUAGAUCUAUCUAUUUGUUGUUUUGUGUUUUCAUUCAUUUCUAAAUUCAUUGUUGUCAUUUCAUAGUGUUUUACCAUAUUGUGCUUCUUAAAGUAAUAAAUAAGUAAAAGUAGAAGGUUAACAUUUUUUUUUUUAUAUAUUUUGAAGUUACGGAAAGUAUGAAUUUCCCUUUUAAGUAGUAGUGGAAAAUAAUUGAAUGGGCUCCUUGUUUCGUUGGACUUAAGACGCUUGAAACAUGCAGUCAUUUGAUCAAUUUAGGUUUCUGUGAAGCUGCCCACCUACCCCUCCCCUAAGCCAACAUUUUGCCCUAAGUGAGAAGUAAGUGAUAAUGUUGGCUUAGGGGACGGGUAGGUGGGCGGUUUCUCACGGAAACCUAAAUAGACCCAAUGGAGACAAACAUUUUUGGCGGAAUUUAUAUACGCAAAACAACAACAACAAACUCUGUUGGCUAAGAAAUACAACAACGCAAUACUUGUAAGCCCACAGGUGGCUUCACGAUAUUAUUUAUUCAGGUUAUGAUACGAAACUACAUAGCUUCCACUGAGGGACCCCGCCGUCCUUAUCCGAAAAGGCUAGAGCUGGCCUGUCCCGGAAUACCCGACUGUUCCGCUUCACAGCACAGACGCGCUAUAGCACCAUCACCUUUAUCAACCUACUGCCGUUUCAGACAACUUCACUCCUCCAGGCCAUUCAAUCAGGGACAUAUAACUCAUUCCCUUGUAGAACUUAAUUCACACAAGGAUGGUAUCCGUAAAGUCCGCGAAGGAUUUUUUGUUUCAAAGGCAAUUAGCAGACGAGACGAAACUUAACCUACUUUUAUUUUUAUAGUAUAUAUAUAUAAGUUUCCGUCCAUUGUCUUUCACCACCAAUCGCAUUUUAUUUUUAAUUUUGUAUUAUUUCAACAUUGUAACCGUUUAUUCUAUGUUCACUUAGCUUUUCUAGCCCCCGAUAAAUAGUAGUUUUGCGUAACCGAAAUAUUCGGAAAAAUUACCCGCCCUCCAGCCUUGCCUUCAAUUUUGAGUGUUCUUUCUCUCCAGUCUCCACAUCUAUUUGAGGCAACCAGGCGGCGUCUAAGUCUCAUUCCUUUCGUCCCUAGACUGCCUUUGUCAACGACACGGCGGCAGUGGGAAUUUUAACCGAAAUGCAUAGUAUCUACUGAAUGUUCCUUUUUUUUUCAGAUUGUUCGCUUUAAUCGUCAGAAUAUCGAUGGAAACGCGGAUAUACUGACAGAAGCAUUCUUCCCUCCUUUUGAAGCUGUUAAGGUUCGUCUUGAGGUUGGCCUCGGAGUAAAAUGUAUGAAAACGGAAUUGUAUGUUUAUGAUGCAGGUUUGUUUCCAGUUACUUGUUUUCUAUCUCGAUUUUAUCCCCGGCAUUCAUUCUUGCCUUCUGUCGUUCGUUCGUAAGUUCGUUCGUUCGUGUGUUCGUCCGUUCGUGCUUGACUUCGUUCGUGCGUGCUUGACUUCGUCCGUUCGUUCUUGACUUCGUUCGUUCGUGCUUGACUUGUUCGUUCGUUUGUUCAUUCAUUCAUUCAUAUAUUUUUUAAAAUUGAGUUCAUUUAUAGUUAAGAAUUUAUACUACGUAACACUACAUUAAGCAACACCAAAUAAUUCAACGAUGAAUGCUAACGAAAGGGAACUAAGGAAGGUAGGCUGCCCAUGUAGAAGAGGAAAACCACGUGGCAAUGGUUGUGUUAACGGUUUAGUUAGUUUAGUGCAGGUGAUUUUUCUCUGGUGGAGAGACGGUAAGAGUUUGAAAUUGCUUGCCUGAGAUAUUUUGAGUAUACGCUUUCAACCUGUAUAGUCCCGUCUCUCUCUCUCUCUCUUCACCACGAGCGUGGGAUCUUCUGGCGGGACGUUAUAUUUCGCGGGAUCGUAUGCUUCACUCGCUGUCUCCUAAGAAACCUAAUAGACAGCUAUAUAGUUAAGACUAAAUUGGUCAUUGGAGAGAUGUUGGGUGGGGGGGGGGGGAGUUGAGGCAGCACAACGUUAAGUAUACUAGACUUGUUGAUUAAUAACGUAAGGUAUGGCAAAAGAUAAUUUAAUGUUUCCCCGACGAAAUUUUCUGUCUCUGAGAUUGGCGAUCUUACUAAGUGGUUUACGAGAUUCAAAUAUGACACGCAUCCUGUCUUCCCUAAUGCAAGUAUCAGCGAUAUCGAAGCGCAUUGGCUUAUAAACGCUCGACCGUUUUCUUAGAAUUCAUAAGCGGGACCAUUGGUAGACGCUCAUUAUUAUACUGAUGAACGUUAUUUUUCUUGAAUUAUAUUAUUCACCAUGUGGGUUUCAGCUAUAGUCGUGUCCCACACCUUUAUUAAAGUGUUAAAAAGAAGUUUCUUUACAAGGCGGACAUGACCCAAAGGUGUUCCUUUUUCUUUUACAGAGAGGUGCUGUAUAAUUUUCCACAAUUAACAAGUUCAUUUUGUUUCUCUUAGGUUGUUCGCAAGCUUACGGGGUGGGAGAUGAUACCAUUCCUAAUGAACGUCUCUCCGCUUACGCGUUAAUUGAUCCUGAUGAAAACGAAUAUAACUGGCCCCCCCUUGGUCGCCUCGGCCAAACUUCAUCAUCGCGUGCUUGGGGUCCUUAUAAACAUCCCCAAUAUGGAUUCGAUGGAAAUUGGUUUCAGGUAGAUAACUUAAGCAUAUCACUUACAUACGGACUACUCUCUUUGUAAGAAGGCCAUCAGUGGUAAGAUGGUCUCAGACUGGUCUGCGAAAAUAGCCGACAUUUUGCGACUCCACCAAUUCUGUGCCCGGGUAAUGACGUCCGAGGAACGAGCGUAGAAAUUCCAUACUGAUGGCUUGUCACUUCCCCAACCUGGGCAACCUUCCGAUCGGCUGAGGCAAAUUUCCCCAAUUAGAAGCACUGUUUUCUCAGGAGAGUCUCAGCCGAUUUUAACUAUCUAACUGUAACUUAACUGAUGUGAAGUGUAUAUGAAAUAAUUCAUUUUUGACUUUCAUCUUUGUAACUUAACUGUCUGUAAGAUAGACAUACCUCUAAUGUAGACAUCAGUAUUAGGUGUCUUGCUCCCUUUGUCAUUCCAUUGCGAAUUGCCUACUCUCUUCAGGUGUAAAUCUCCUUCUCGUGUUUGAUAUAUUAUUCCUUUUUUUAAUAUCUAAUAAAACACUGCGUCUCGUGUUUCAGAAACAGUUGAACCUCAAAUAAGUCUUUGCAGAAAAAAUUAUCGCUUAAUCAUUGUUAACAAAACUUCCAAUGUUUCCAUGGUGACGCUGUGAGUUUCUCUGAGAUGACAGGAUGUUUUGUAGGUGGAUUUAGAGGAAGAAAAGGAGGUAACCUGUAUCGCAACCCAAGGAAGGACAGCACCUGAACAGUAUACCAAAGUAUAUGAAGUGUCAUACAGCACGAAUGGGCAUGACUGGACGUUCUAUAGAAACAGCCGUGGUGAAAAGGUAAUCGACUUCAGACCCAGAAAUAAAUAGGUUCAUAUGAAGUGCGCUUCCGCCCCCUAGGACUGCAAUACGCAAGGGAUCAUGAUGCAGGGACUUAUUGGUCAGAUUGGUGCACUUAGAUCACAUGAUUCAAAUCCUGCGUACUAACUGAGUAUUCCCUGGGCAGCCCUUGCCACUACUUAUGGCCCACGGUUAUAACGUAUAUAAGGACCGAGCUUCCUUUAUACUCUUUUUACUGCCGCUCAAUUGUGGUCAAACUUUCCCUUGCAAGUUGAAAUCAGAGGAAAUUCAAAAACACCGCUUUGUUUCAGACCUCAGGGAAAUAAUUCCCUAUAAAGACCUGCACCGGGGGGAAGGGCUCCGCCCAAAGGGCAUCCUUUUUGAGGUUUCAGGUGUAUGAAUGGGUAGAAGUUUCACAAGUUUAAGUAUAUGAAAGAGUAGUGAAAUCAGUCAUUUCCAUUUUUGAAAAGGCUUUUGAUUUAAGUACUACGACAAGAAACCUCCCUGUUUUAUCGAUUUAUUCAUAUAAAGAAGACGAACCAGUUACAGCAGUUAAAAAAGAUGCAGUAUUCUUUUGUAAUUAUGUGAAAUGGGUACCAUUUAUCAAUGGAAGGUGUACAAAAAGAAUACCUUUCCUGUCAUAACCAGUGUAUCAAUGGGUGAAGGGUUGGACCUCGGGGCAGAGCCUUUGUUGAAUGCUUCCCUUUUUUCGGGUGUGAUUAUCUCCUAGUCUCAGACGAGGAGCAUUAGCUGGAGGCGGUCCUUAAAAUUUGCAAGUGCAGUUAUGUUGAUUCUUGUAUCAUAUGCAUGUCUGUUUCAAAUCACGUGACUGUUUCGUCUAGGGGCUAUCUGCAAACUCGGACCCAGGAAUGACCGUCACAAACUGGCUGCAACCACCCAUCAGGGGAAGGUUUAUUCGCGUCCAUUUGAUCGAAUGUAACAAACACUGCAGGAUUCGGUUAGAAUUAUAUGGAAAACGCGAUUUGUCAGGUACUGUUUGAAUUAAUAGAAUCUUGGCUAGUCACCCUUUCGUACACUCUCCAGUAUGUACUGAAGACAAACAAAGGACAUUGUAAAAAGGCCUGUUGUUCAAGAGACAAUACUUUUUGCUUGGUUACUAUACUAGUUGUAGCUUUCGCUAAGUGCCAACGAAAGAAAAAGAAUUUGCCUACAUCACCGGUUUUAGUUCCAAUGUUUAUAAAGCCGUUUCAGCUGCUAAGGCGAAAAUUUCCACUACUAAGCACUCCUCGUUCCUACAUUUGUGCCAUGCUCUUGGCCUUAAAAUCGCUCUUAUUGUUCUGCUUAGACAUUGUAAACCUUAAACUUGUCGAGUUUCAAACAGCGAAACGGAAAUAACAUUUAUUGGUUAGCGCGAACUUGAAAUAGCGAGUUGUAGUUAGUACAAGCACAGUAGUGUGGCAGAGAACAAUGGCCGAACUUUGAAGGUUUGUUUACAACAAAGGUCAUCAAAAGUCACGUGAAACUACACGUGAAAUCCAACGCCACUAAAAUCGCCAGGGAAUGUACACCUUACAUUACGCUUUUCACAGCACGAUCAAGAAUGUUUCUGCCUGCUGCAAUACUUCGCGUGGCAUUAAGCUGGCCUCCUCGCAAGCCGACCGUCUUCGCUCGGCUUGCUCGUCGGCAAUUAUUGUACAGUCGAAGCUUUCGUAAGCGUCCACCUCGGAAGUUCAAAAAAGUGGUCGCAUGGAAAAGCAAUAGAGAGUGGUCGCUUACGAGAGCUUCGUUUUGCUUGGUCCUCUUUUUCACAUAGCCCAACUUGUCUUAAAGCCUUUUAAUACUCUUUCAAUGCAACCAGAACCUAAACUUUUAAACCUUGCGACAAUGUGGUAUUAAUUCCUUAGCUAAUCUGGACUGUAAAUCUUUGAUGUAGAUUUGUUUCAAAAUGUACCCGGUUUAUACUUCAAAAUUCACCAUGGUAUGUACCACUUAAUCGUUGCCAAGGACUCCAUGGUUUGGGAAAUACGUCAUCCACUCAUUCUUAAUGAAUGGUUCAACGCCGCCGUGACAUGGAGGGCUGACGUCGGGCUCAAGUUUUAUGUCAAUGGCGACCUGGUGGCUUCUGACUCCAGUCCAUCUCAGUUAAAUGCAUUGAAUGAUGGUCCGUUCUUCACUGUGAUUAGCUCAGAUAAAUACGGCGGACAUUGGGGCAAAUCAGUUUCGAUUGACGACGUUUCUGUUUGGAGCAUGUCGUUGGACAAGGAGACGAUUGAACGGAACUCAGAAGGUAUUCACACAUGCUGCUACUUACAGAAAGUAGUCGCGAUAAUUAGCAAUUAUCCCUCCAGUUCGAAUGGGCUCUGCUCUGCGUCAAUAGCCCAUGAAGGAGGGAUUCGUGAUUUUAAGGGCAAACAACUUUCACAAAAUUUACAUCGAAAUUCCAUAAAGCGUUUUUUACUCACGUGGCCAUCAGCUAUACAAAUUUAAUGAAAAAAAAAAAAAAUGUGCAUAAGAAAAGAGUUCAACUCCCACCGGAUUUUCUUGGUGCGCCAACACCACACGUCACGGCAGCCAUAUUGGUGUCCGAAAACAAUGAAACGGCGGCCAUGUUUGUGUCCCAAACCAGUCCUCUUGGAGUUGAACUCCUUUCUUAUGCAAGCGCUUUCUUUUGUUCCAAUAAAUUUGCAUAGAUGCUGGCCACGUGAGCGAAAACACUCUAUUCUUGGUUUGCAACCACGUGACAAGGCGGCCAUGUUGGGGGUCAAAACAAAAGAAUAUUUCCUCGAAGAAUUUACAUGAAAAUAGAGUUUAGUUCCCAGAGGAGAGAAAUGCUUUUGUUCUUGACCACCAACAUGGCCGCCGUGACGUCACGUGCAAACCAGCAAUAUGGCCGCCGUGACGUUAUCUGAAAAUGCUCCGUAUUGUGUGUCUCAUGCUAAAAUUUGAAAUGCGAAUGGCCAUUAAUUUAGAUCUGGAUCUUAAUUCAUCAUGUUACAGUUGCCCUUUUGUCUGUGUUUUGCAGUGUUUCUUACCUUUGACGAUAACUCGAGGAACUGGACUUCAUUUCUAGCGAAUUUCAGGAACUGGCAAUUAGCCCGCGGCUGCACUGUAAUAGAGGGGACUAGGUUCUGUGAUGAUGGUGUUGGAGGAGGUACUCGUGAUUACACUAUAUAUUUCCAAUCUGCAGGGAUCCAUAUUCGCAGUCGUUCGGUCGUCCCAGGCGACUACAAUCUCGCACGGACCAUUAAGAUAGGCCCAAAAAGUCGUCUUUCGGACGAGUGUGGUUUUGGUCAACCACAAGGUCUUUUCAAAAAUUCAUAUAUGCAGGGGUUUCAACAAGCACCAAUCGACGGCCGACGAAACGCGUCGGCUCAGUUGCUCAUAGAGGUCGGCUACUUUUUUUCUAGAAAGAAGAAGCAACUAGUUUGAAUAACGUUGUAGGCAAAAACUAUAUCAUAAAAUCUGAAUGAAAACGCAAUUAUGAUGUGUUUUCAUAAAGGCCCACUGGUUUUACUCUAUGCUUUAGUCAUGUGAACGCGAUAUUUCAAACUGACAGAGAGACAAGUAGACAGUUUAAUAAACAAAUACUUGUAAAACGUGAAGAAACUGUGUUUAGCCUCGGGCCUGUAUCUAUUGUACUUUGUAGUUUCGUUAAAACCCUUUCUUAGUAACUAUUAACGGAAAUAAAAUGCAAAUCAUAAAUGUUUAAGUUCCAAGGCGUUUUAUCGCUAUUUUUUUCAUAGUUCUGCACAUUUGUCCGGGCAACCCAAAUUGCAACCGGGCAAGUAUACCAUCAGGCUUACUUGCCCGGCUGACGACUCUGAUAAAAAAAUGAAUAUGGAUCCCUGAAGUAGGCAUCCAAAUUGCAAGUCCUUAACGCAAUAAUCGUGCAAAACAAUUGAGUUUAAACUUGCACUAUAGUCCCUUGAAAUAACAACGUCUUCUCUGUGCAUAGCAUGUUCCGACCCUCUCGGGAUGGAGAGCAGAAAAAUAACUGAUGGCCAAAUCACAGCUUCAACCGAAUACGAGGCUGGAUACGGCGCCACUAAUGGCAGAUUCAAUUUCAAGGCUGGAGGAGGUAAGAGUGGCGCAUGGUCCGCCCUCAGAAAUGACGUUCAUCAGUGGCUACAAGUGGAUCUUGGAGCUGAAACCGAGGUGACAGGAAUACAGAUCCAGGGACGACAAGACUGGGAUCAAUGGGUUACGAGCUUUACUAUCUCCUACAGCAGCGACGGCACCACCUAUAGGCCUUAUCAGCACAGCAAGGUACGUAAACCAAUGAAAAUCGUAGCAAGAUAAACUCAACCAAUUAACUAAUUCAAUUUCGACCCACUAAAACAUAAAAAUUUUUCAAGACCUCAGACCCACAUCAAAAACGUAGCAACUCUGUUAUGCUAGCUCCAAAAGUCUAUUACUAGUUUAACCUUAACAUUAUAUUUUCUCGCUCCAGGUCUUUAAUGGAAACACGGAUCGCGACACCGUGGUUUUGAACGUUUUGCACCCUUCCAUAAAUGCACGCUACAUUCGGGUGCAUCCUAAGACGUGGCGUGACCAUAUUUCUAUGAGGAUGGAACUCUUGGGAUGUCCGUCAGGUGCUGACAAUCGUGUUCGUUUUCUUCUUAAUUAACAAACAAGUUCCACUUACUUUCACCACAGCGGUAGACAAUUAACUAGCAUAGUCUUUCAACUGCAGUUCACUCCUCCUAUUAUUGCACAAUCACAGGCCCCAAUAAUUUGUUAUAGACUCAUGUAAUCAAUUUUAUAGAAUAACACGUUGUGCCUUUAAACUCAGAAUCAUACUUACGGCAUACUUGGGCUGCGAAAAUCAAAAAGGAUCUACUUUAAAUCAAAUGCAACGUUACAAACACCGCUUUAGCGACAGUGAGUUUUAAAAGGACUUUGUUGCAAGUGGAGCUUUUACAACAAUUUUGCGUACAUUGUGCUGUGAAUGACACACCACACGAAACAGAAACAGAAAUGAUAGAAAUUUCACUUCUUUUACCUCAGUCCAGUCUCCUUCGAUUUGCGAUUAUUUAUGACUUUUCUGAUCUCUGAUGGUUAGAGCAUGCUGCUGUUUUUCCUUCCUCCCUUAUUUCUCUCGUUCUACGGAGAUUCUUUGGCGGAAGAAAUACCCUCUGAGGCAUGUUUCUUUCGGGUCACGCUGUGUUUUGGUCACAGCUAAGUUAUCACAUUUUGUUUUUCUUCCAGGGCGUGAUAUUUAUGUUUCCUGGAAGUCGACGCAAUAUGAUGAGCACGCCGAUCGACUUGUCAUCCCUCUAAAAAUAUCUUCGUCAUACACGUGUGUUAAAUUUUAUUAUCGCAUGUGGGGUGUGCAAAUUGGAAGGCUCAACGUCUAUUUCAGAGACCUUCACGAACAAGACAGGAUGUUGUGGAGGCUUUUUGGAGACCAGAAUAGCACUUGGAAGGAGGCUCGUAUCCCCGUUGAAAUUACUGAUCUGUAUUAUGAGGUAAAUCUGUUCCUCAAGAUACAGUGUAUGGUUCCGAGUAUGUUGUGUUCCCAAUUUUAUCCAUAGUUAAAUUUUGUUUCGUUUUUUAAGUCUGGUAUGAUAAUGAGUUUGAAGAAAAUUAAAAUAAUAUUAAAACCAUGAGGUUCAGUAUGCAGUCAAAAUAUGGCCAAAAUCUUUAACUAUAACGUAACACCUUCAAGUGCGAAUUUUUACGUAUUUGUUCAUAAGACUUGGAUCCUUGGGUUUCAUUGAUAGGAAAGCUGAGAGAAGCCAAGUAUGCCUUGUGAAGUGGCCAGUUCUUUUCUUCCUGUUUUUGCCAGCUACAGGCCAUCUUUGAGACGCUGAAAAAAAAAGGUUUAACCGCUUAAACACGCUCUUUGCUAAGAUUACCCAGAUGAAGAGAACAUAAACCGGUAUGAUAGAAAUUGCCGAAACCCUUGUGCACACAAGUUCAGUCAGUGACUUAUUUGAUUAUUAUUUUUAGGUAUUUUUUGAAGCAAGGAAAAGUCAUGGUUACUAUGGCGAUAUUGCUAUUGAUCAGAUUGCCUUCACUCAGGAAAGGUGCACUCUGGUUCCUUCACACGCCUCACCGGACAGCCCGGGAGUGGGUAAGGACUGUGCACUUUCUGUUACGAAAAGAGGUCCUGAGGCUUGGUCAGUAGCCAAGAAGGGAAGAAUUAUAAACAAUAGUCAUAUAACACAGAAACCAGUGCAGCGGGUUCAAAGCGUUAGAGGCAGUAACAAUAACUUUGCACGUGCAGUACACUUUUUUGCACAUGUCUUUUCUGUCGCUGCACAACUAUGACGUGAAUUGCCUAAUUUCGCAAUAAUCGAGAACGUAGUGAAACGACGACGAAUUUCUCUUUUUAAAGCUGGAUAUUUUUUUUAGGGAUUCAAGUCCGGGAGAAUUCGCCUAUAUUUGAAAAAAAAAGCGAGUUGAGAUAAUCGCCAUGGAGGUUUCAAUGAACGCGAAUUCACUUUUUAAACUUGUUGUUUGUCAUGUGUUGUAACAUGUUUGAACGAGUACUACAGGGGCGGAUCUAGGGGGGGGGUGCAGGGGGUGCGCCCCCCCCCCCCUCCUUGAGAUGACCUGCGGUUUUCUAAUACAACUGGUAUUCUGCAAAAAAAAAAAAAACUAUGUGGUUUAUUGGUGUUGAAGUAGAGCAAGAGACGAGUGCAAAAGUCCUGGAUCCGCCCCGAAUGGCGAAUGGCGAAUGGCGAAUGGUCUACGUCGAAUUAUUGUCAAGCGAUAUUGUCUUAUUAAUCUUUAUUAUCAUUAUUUUCCAACAGCAAUAACUUCUUCCAUUAUACAAAGGAACAGCGUUCAUCAUCAGCAUCUGAGUAGGAUGCUGAUUGAAGAAGGCUACGACUCAUCAUUGUGGAUCCCAUGUUAUGUCGCCCUCCGCCAUGGCUGGAAUGUUUCCUCAUUUCAUGAACUCUGUGACAACAUGGCCCCCACCCUCACCAUUGUCAGAAAAGACAAUUAUCUCUUCGGUGGAUUUACAGAAAAACGCUGGGAAGGUAAAUCCAUCGCCCAGAAUGUCAUUGUUGUUUGCGACGUGUAGCCUCAGCUAAGUUUGCGGCAGGCGGCACGAAUAGAACAUUUUACGGUUAUGGGCUCAGUAGCCUAGCCUCUGAGUAAAUGUGAGGCUGAGGUUGACUUUCUUUUGAUAUAAAACUCUUUGUUUUCUUAUGGAAAUCGUGCUUAUAAAAUAUUAGGGCCUGUUUUCAUGAAGGUAGGGGACCCCAGGUAGGUGAGGUAACAUGUGGCGGGUCACCCCACCUAUCAUGUAAACGUGAUCAAAUUAAAAUGAGAAAUUGUAUGGACAGGCGGGUUACCUCACCUACCUGGGGUCCCCGACUUCCAUAUAACAUAACGUAACAUAGUAUAAUAUAAUUUACAUAUUAAAGUGAAAAGGGUUGUAUCAAAACAAGACCAACUCCAGCCUCGUUUGCACCUGUAACUGUAGAAUGGACUGUUGACUCUCUGAGGGUGGAUUUCCACCUUCACGGAAUAAAGUAUCGCGCGUAAACGUUUAAGUUUGGGGUGGCGCGGGACCUUCCCUGCAAUGCCUCUAUUUCAAGCACGUAGGCACUGAGAAAUUCGAAGAAUUUCAUUGUCCACGUGAGAUUAAGCAAGUGAGCGCGAGUUAAGACCUGUUUCUUAUUUCCCUUGAGAAUUCGGCCACUUUCUGUUUUGCCGGGCCCUAUGAAGGAGACUUUUUUUUAGUUUUUUUUUGGCGCGCAUCACACAUUAAGUCCUGGAUGGCUCGAUGCCUUUUCUUUUUUACCUCGUGCUAAAUUAAUCGAUUGUAGACCUCUUUAUUUCACCUAGGGUGGUCUUCGCUUACCAAGUUCUGUUUGGGUUGCAGACUGUUUUUUGUGUUCAGUUACGCAUGAUGGAAAAAAAACUCCAAGGCUAGACAAGGGGUGCUAUUAAGGGUGCUUUGGAAUUCCGCGCAACAUUUUGUUUACGUUUUAUUUUUAGACACUUCGGAGAUGUCUUAUGAGUUGUCGUUCACGAGACAAAACAGGGACGAUUAUUUAAAAGUUCCUUGGACAUCACCUGUCAAUAUCCUUACGGCAACGAUGUGGAUAAAGACCUCUGCUGACACUCCGUUAUCUCUCUUCACAUUCGGUCGGACAGACGCAGAGAUGAUACAGUUUAAUUUACAAAAUCGAGUUAACUAUAAUGAAGGGAUCACGGCAGGGGCCGCUCUUUUUCGUUCAGUUGGAAAAAGUUGGAGGUAUGUCAGUGUGUAAGAUAACAAUAUAUGGCUAGGUAGUCUUUUUGGAUCAAUUUAGGUUCUGGGAAACUGCCCACCUACCCCUCCCAUAAGUCAACAUUAACACUUACGUCUCACUUAGGGAAAAUGUUGGGUUAGGGGAGAGGUAGGUGGGCAGUUUCCAAGAAACUUAAAUUGAUCCCUUUUUUAACAAAGCAGCGAUUUGAGACAAUUCGAAGUACAGUUACUUCUCUUUUAGAUGGACACUUUUGGGACCGGCACAAAGGACGCUUUCCAUUUGUCAGAACUGGCCGGCCGGACCAUUGCCCGACCAGUCUGUUUGAAAAACAAAUAGGCUUUUUCCAAGAGUUUUUGCUAAAAACCUAUCUCCUUCGAGCAUACUAUUUAGGAUUUGACUGAUCUGGCUGGAGAGUUUGGAAAUUAUCAUUGCGACGGUAAUUGUCUGGCCGGUCAGUUCUGACAAGUGGAAAGCGCACUAAGUAUCCGUCCAAGAGAGGUGUCCGUCUCUAGGUGUCCGUUAAGAGAGAGUCAGCUCUAGGAUAAUAGGGACCAGUUACUCCUUCUUUUCUUCGCGGGACUCUCAUUAACUUGCGGGGGAAUACAUUAACUCCAAUGACGUUAUAGCCUUUCAGAAGAAUCUCACUGAGACAAGAUCAUGUGAUAUUUUCGGUGGUUCAACCGGUUUGACAGGUUUUUUAGUAAAUUUUAGGUUAAUGAAAGUCUUGGUUUUUUAUUGGUUGACAAGAAACUACGAAAAGUAUUCAUUGGUUGAUUCAUGUUGUCGAAGGCCGAUAAGCGUUCAUUUGCCCGUGAAUUAAAAUACUGAGCGGAAAUAUAUGCAUCUAAGUUCUAAAUCAUGUCGCUUCCUUUUUCUAUUACAGAAAAAAAAUUGUUCCAUAGUUCCGGUUUACUCAUUCUUGGCGCGCAAAUAGUGCACAUUGCGGCAAACUAGUUCUUCCUAGCGCGAAACACAAGUUUAAAAUACCUCUCCCUCCAUGCAGCUCUUCCAGAAUUCAAUAAUUUCGCUCCUCCUCAAUAUUUUUAUUUUUCCACCACCAACACCACUACCGCCUCUACCACAUUCUAUAGUUUUCCAAAAACACUGCAAAUGCUUCCUAAUAUGUGUCUAAGAGAAAUAAAAAAAACCGUUGUCAAUUUUUAUUUCACAGCUACAAAUAUAACUUAAGUGCAAAUCCAUUAGAUGGCUCCUGGCAUCAUAUCGCAGUUGUGUGGAAGUUGUUAGACAUAAAGGGCGAACUCUACGUGGAUGGUACAUUUAUGUGGGAAUUUACAGACUAUUAUUGGUCCCCUCAAAUUCUCUCCGGAUAUCUUUUCAUUGGACAAAGUCUUCAUGAUCGGUCCGCAUCGAGUGGAACUGGUUCAUUUAUAGGACUUAUCACCUCCUUUAACAUGUGGAAUUACCAGCUGUCCAAGAUAGAAAUUGCUUCUCAGGGUUGUGAAACCCAGGGAAAUAUGUUCCAGUGGCAUGAAAUAAUCGCCAGAGAAAACGUAUUCGGCGAAGUCAAGCUACUGCAUCCAUCAUCAUGUAUGUGAUUUUGUUUUCACUUCAUGAAUUGUCAUCAACCUAAGCCAAAAGUGAUCGAUUUAAGUACAUUCAACUUAGUAUUAGCCACGUGCAUGCCAGGCACUGCUGUCAACUCUCUCUAAGACAGAUAGCUUUGGGGCCGGCACUUAGUGUCCGUUUAAUGGAUAGUCAAAUAAAGGGGGUAAAGAAAGCCCGGGGGGUACCCCUGGAAAUUCUUGGUGGGGGUAUGCCGCCCUAUUCCCUAAAUCCUGACCCUAUUUCAGACCAAAAAAUGUCAUUUUCCACACCCGUUUUCAGACCAGACCUCGAAAAUCCAUACCCGUUUUCAGACCUGGCCUUUAGGCAGAAAUCAUGUCAUCAUUACCUAGGUGAGAGCGCAACCAAAAAAAUAAAUUCUUCAAAUCCAUUUCAUAUUCGCAUAUUUCUCUUUAUUUCUUACUCAUUUGGAACUGAAACGAUAAAUACGUUCGUACACCCCCCAAGUUCCCUCGAAAACCAUACCCGAUUCCAGACCAAAAUGGGCAAAAUUUAUACCCGUUUUCAAACCAAUAAGCUUUAUGGGUAUGACAAGAAGAAAGUAUUACAGUAUUGCAAAAGCUACUUGAAAUUAAUCAUUGAUUCCUUUUGAAUUAAAUGUUUAAAAUAAUUUGAAACGUAUUAAUCAUUGCUUAUUUUUAACCAUCAGUAGGAUUGAUUACCCGAUUGGGCGGCACAUAGCUAUGUGGCUUAUAUAAGGGAGUACCCUCCCCCCCCGGGAAAGAAACUCUAGGUGUCCGUUUUACCGAGGUGUCUGUCUUAUAGAGGUGUCCGUUAAGAGAGAGUCGACUAUGAUGGCUUAAAACUCGAGGGUUUUCAACAUUUUAGGGUUCUACCUUCACAACACAAUUUCUUAAUUCCGCUGUGUGACCCUAGCCAAACCGAAGGCAAUAACUGCUCUCAUGCGAGUCUAACUUGAGAGUUUUCCUACCCACCCACUACCUGUUUGGGAAAUAUUGAGGAUACAACUUAUCUCUGUUUUCACUUAGGAGACUACUUCCGAGUCUUUCUGGGUGGGGAUGGGGUGAUAUGUAUAAGCUCACUUUUCUGUUACUGCACUCUCAGAAAUCUUAGAAAACCUGCGUGUUGGCUGUGUGCAGAUAACGUUGCAUAUAGAAGAGUAUUGUAACCUUGAAGAAAGAUCUAUAUGCGUUUAUUUGGUACUUCAUUAACAUAACCGAAAAUGGCAAUUUCCAUGAAAGAAUUAGCGUGCCCGCUAACAAAAGGUUAUCGCUAUCUAAUAGGGAAUAUUGUGAUAUGUCUGAACGGGUCUAUAUGCGUUUAGCUUUAGCUUCACCAGAACGAAUUCCUGCUCCUUAAAUGCAGUAAACUCCAGCGAGCGCUCAAUAUAAAGCGGUAGAGGCUUGGGUAGAAGUCUUCACAGAAAUCACUGCAAUUUGUCAAAUUAGUCUCGAGUUGGCGCCUUUGUUCCAAGAGAUAAUAGUUCCCAGGAUUUCCUAUUUGUAAUGAGCGUCCUUGGCAAAAAUGUUAUGUUAAACUCUAUUUACUCCUAGGUCAGGCUCGUUUAAGCUAUGAUGUGUAUUUCAUGCAAGGAAACGCUGAUGAUCACAUUCAAGACAAAUUAACAGCAAACCUCUCAGAAUUCACGGUGUCGCUCUGGAUGAAGAGCAUCAAUAAAAGCGGCAAACCCAUAUUAUUCUGGCUUGGCAACAACACAGUCUACGUGAACUUCAAACUAGUAGAUGGUGGACGGUCUCCGAGACUCUGUUUCAAGCUUGAUCCUGAUGUUUUUUGCGAGUAAGAAUAAGUAGUUUUAAAUUCAACGGCAUGAAUAAUAUAUGAACAUGAUUAAAUUGGAAUCAGGACUGCAUGAUCCAGUCGUUUUCAAAGAAUUUUUUAACUGAACUGCGCUUUAGCUUGGUUAUUUAUUUGUUUGUUUGUUCAGUCAGGGGCACCCAAUGGAUCUGUUCCUCAAAAUAUCUGUUCUUCAGGCAUAUUUUUGCUGGCUGGGAGAUGUGAAAGAAAUAAUAGUCCUUGGAAGGAAAGUGUUGCUGGGAAAAAGAUAAUUCAGGGUGUCAGAGGGGAUUUGAAGUCUAGAAUAGCUGCUACGGGUUACUUGUAUGGGUUACUUACCACUCAAGAUCUGAAUUGUGCCCUAUGAAACUUCCCAGUAAGUCAGGUUGCAGGUUGUAAGGUUGCUGGCUGGGAACUUUUUCAUCAGUCUUGCUGGGAGUGAGGAACAGAUAAUUUUUUUCCAGCAAUCUCCCAAAAUGCUUAAAAUAGUCUCAGAAAACUUCAUUCACGCUUUGUUGUUGUUUUUAGGUCUUUUUCUCAAAAUUUCCCGUUGGGUGCCCCUGUUCAGUUGUUUGUCUGUCAGUCUCUUGUUUGUACCAACAAACCACCUCUCGUUUCUUGGUUAUUUAUUGAACAAUUAUAUAAAUAAAUAAAUAAAUAAAUAAAUAAUUUCUUUAUUUACCUUCGGCAGUAUUUAUAGCACUUAUGCUAGUGGGGCCGAGCAAAUGCCUGAAACAAAUAAUUCAAAUCAAACAUAACAGGGUUAAGAAUCCCAACUGCCAGAGGCAAACCAGUUGGCUAUUUACAAAAUUGGCCGAGGAUUUGAACUCGCGGCUACCAUGAACAAUCCAGCAAGCGGUCAGAGUGGGACUUGAAAUGGAGGCCUCCGAAUUACAAGUCCAGCGCUCUAACCACUCAGCCACGCUGCCUCCUGUUGAAAAAAUGAAUAAUUCAUUUUGUGAGAGAAUACAAACAGUGAUCCUCACUAUUUAUACUUGUAUACCUGAUUGACAAAAACGUUGUAGCUUAGAAUGUAUGAACCACAUGAACCAUGAGGCCUCAAGGAUUUAUGGGUAUCACGAGCUUCUCGCGCGCAUGCAAAUCCCAGGAGUAUUUGUUUUAGGCUGUGGUCACGCUAUCCCGGAUAGCUUUUGUGCCGGCAAGAAAACCGUACCGGAUAAGACUUCUGUUCAUACAUAAAAACGAUGAUUUCGGGGCGAUUUCUGUUACGGAGCGAAGCUUCACUGCGUCGAUUUCUAAAGCGGAGAGUCACAUAUCGGGUAGGUGUUCAUGCUACACUGGAUGGCAUUCCGUGGCGGCUCGAAAAGCUAUUUGGUACAGUGUGAAUAUAACCUUAGGCAUGUUUCAAGAAUACGAUGUUUUACAAUUUCGAGUUCUAACACGGUUUUACUAAAUUUUCUAGGACCAUAAGUGGGUCUGUAAGUGUAAUGGAUGGCUACUGGCAUCAAUUUACGGUCCAGUGGAAAAGUAGCGAAGGUAACUGGGCGAUUUACAAGGACGCCAUCUUGCAGGGAGAAGGAAAACAGCCAUUUUUUGCCAAUAAAACCAUUCCGCAUGGAAUCUUACACAUAGGGAGUCGGCCAUAUUGGCCGGAUGUUACUUUUACUUUUAUUGGACGGAUAACUUCGUUAAAUGUUUGGAAUUAUUAUCUUUCCGAGGCGGAGGUAGCUUCUAUUGAUCGAAACUGUGGACAAGGCCUAGGGAAUUUGUUUCAGUGGAUUAAUUUGAAGGAGAAAGUUGAUGGCCAGGUUAAAGUCUUGGAGCCGUCUUCAUGUAAGUAUGAGGCCACGUGACCACCUAACAGCUAUACCAGAAAUACUGUCACUUGAAAAAGUAAUUCAAAAUAUACGGAAUUAUGUUCAAAUUGUUCAUGUUCCACUUUUGCUUGUUUAAAUAAUGGGCUGAAAUGUCCAGGGUGUGAAUUUUUAGUCGUGGAUUUCUAGUUCACCGGGAGAGAGGAAAACUAGCCUUUAAAUAAUUUGCGUCUACACCUUCACCACCAAGCCUGGAACUGGAUUAUUUGAAGUUUAUAUUUGGCAGAGGACAAGAAAAAUCUACCAAUCUAAAGACAUAAAAUUUGUUUUAACCUUUUUGUUGUUGCUGUUUCGUUCUGCUUGCCUUUGCUGUCGCGCUUGUUAAAACUCUUUAUUUCCUGAAACUCGAGAAGUUUUAGGUACAAAACUUUAUACUUUGCGUUCGACGCAGAGGAACGACGUGACAUCCAUGGGGAGAGAGCAGUAGAUGGUGUUUGAUAGAAGGCAAUCCGUAAUCUUUGGUUAUCACUUAAUCAAAUCGGUUGCUUCAAGCAACAUUUUCUCUUUUUCAUUGGCGGUGAAACGGCUGACGAUUUUGAUUUUGUUCUUGUUUUUUUUUUUGUUUAUUUUUUUUACUGCCUAAUGUUUCUUUUUUUACUUUUUUAAGUGUGAUAAUAACUGUUAAAAAAAAUUUGCCUUCAUAAGUUUAAUAUCUUUUGUUUUUUUAGGUUCCUCGAGAAGUUACAAAAUGGAUAGCAAGGCGUUCAUCUUUUCUCUGAAUAACACCUCGCAAGGCUCCCUUUUCAAGAAGAAAGUCGCACAAGGUUCAUCCUCUAAUGCAAUAUUUAGCUCUUCAUCUACCGGUCCCACCUUUGGUGAAGCUCCGUUUGAUUUUCAAAUAGGCGCCGACGGUAGCAUGAAGGAAGGCACUAGUCACCAUUCUACAUCUUAUACAGACAGUAACAGUGCUUUAGACUCGGACCUGACAAAAAUAUUGGCUGGGGAGUCGAAUUUCACCGUUAGUAACAUAGAAGUCUUGUUCAAGGCACCUGGAGGUAGGCCCGUGAACACAGUACAUAUGCUCCGUUGUGCAUUUUAAGCGAUGGUGUUUGGAUCACACUUUGUCACUUUUUUUGUACCCGGUGGGUACGGGAACAAAUGAGGUUCAUGCUUUAUUCGGUUAAUGCAGAGGAUUAUGGGAAGAUGGAGAAGAGAGCGCCAGGUUCUUUGUCUUCCCACGCUGCCUUGCGGGAUUCGAAAAUGCGAUCCCAAGCCAGCCUCGAUCCUAUGAAAUUUUCACCUGCAUGCCUUGGCGCAAGCCAGAAGAGUUGUGUUUCUCGCUAAUUUAUGAAGCAUCUUUUGGCUGCUCUCGUUGCCGUCGCUAUCGUGGUUGCUUGGCUCCCUUUGCUGAUGCAACAUGCGUGCAUUAAUACGUUCUAAUAAGGGUACGCAUAAAAGCGCGACCAUCCGUUUAAUUGUUAUUUAUCGCAUUGCCUAUUUAUUAUUCGCAGGAUCUCUUUGUCAGCGGCCGUGUCCAUUCAAACACUACUGUGAUGAAGUUAGGAGCGGUUGUCGUUGUAGCGUGGAAAAUCAUUCUCGUCUACAGUGUCAACUCUGUAAGUCGAUGAAAUCCGCUGAAAAUGGAUGCAUUUUUCCAGUUUAAUUCUCUGUCAUUCAGAUUGCUUGUUAAAUUUUGUCGCCUACACACCUAUUCGGUAACCUGAGAUUCGGCUCUAUUUUCGUUUGGCUUCGUAAAUGAAAUACCACGUAAGAGAGAGUAUAUGGAAACUGCUAAAAUUGCACCUUAUCUCAGGCUACUGUCACGGAAACCAUUUUGUGUUUAAGAGGCUUAAUAGUAAGGUUCCCUGUUAUCGUUUCGAAAACAAAACAAUAGUCUGGGAAAUAGUCUGUUCCUAGGCCAAGUAAUGUUUUCCCACAGACUACAAGGACUAUUAUUUGUUUAGAUUCAGGGCUGGUUGCCAUUGCAACUCAAGUACUUCUUUACAGUUAACCUAGGAAUAGAGCAAGCUUUUAUUUGGAGAACUCGACACUGUUUUUUAAGCUGAAUUCCUUGCAAUUCUCAAUCGUAAGUAAAACAUUAAUUUAUGAACAACUAAGGUGAGUCAACGAUAGUUGGUGUGUUGGUGUUUUCAUUGGAUUGAAUAGUAUUUUAUCUUUACUGUAGACAAAUUCUUCGAGGACUGUUCCCAUCUCUGGCCGCUGGAAUCGGUUGACAACGUCGAAGAUGUGAAGACGAGUACCUGGGGUCGAGCGAUUGGCGGUGUACAAAUUAUGAGUGGCCUUUUGACAGAUGGAGUUAGCGGUGAAAUUCAACUUCUAGAUCGCCCCGGUGUUUCGUGUGCAACAGUUAACAUUAACGCCUCCCAAACUUGCUCUGGUUUCACGGUGGCCUUGUGGCUCAAGUAUUGGAACAGAGAAGAUGGCCAACGACAAUUUCUUUUUAACUCUUUUGGCUCAUUUAUACUCUAUCAGGAGAGCAAUGACGCCUUGAUUAUUCGCAUACAACGCUCAGCGACGUAUUGUCUCAAAGAAAUUAUCGUGCCUGCGAAGAUCUGGUCAUAUCUUGUAAUUUCCUUCGACGCGACAGUUACUCCACGUAUUCUUACAAUACACAAAAACGGAGAGAAACUGACGGAUUUCCUUAGAGACGAGGGGUGUAGCAGCCUGGUUGCACCACAGUUUGUAUCAUCGUUUGUUUCCUUGGGAGCUGGAUUUGGUGUGUUUGCUCGGGCUACCUUUGCUGAAGUAGCCAUAUGGAACUUCGCACUGUCUGAUAAAAAAAUCAGCGAAUUAUCCUUGAUUCACAUGAGUAAGUUUACAAAUGCACAUGCCCCUUUUUGUCUGAAAACUUCUCAGUCGCAGAAGUCAUUGUCAGAUUUAUAUUCAUUAUUCCGUUUUCUAAAUAAAUCACUGUUAAAAGAGCUUCGUUCUUUCGCGAAGAUACAGUAUUCUAACGUUUACAGCAUUCUCUUUGAUGCGUUUCCCAUUUUGUUUGAGAACUUCUCACUAUUAGAAAUGACUAAGGCCAGAGUUGAGCUUCAACAUUUCAUUUUCUAAAUAACUGAGGAUGUAACAGUACCGUACAGAUUACUGCUUAACGGGGUUCAAACUCCUCCGAACAUACAAUCUUCUGAUGUUUAGAGCAUUCUGAUGCUGAAUCUGAUUCUGUUUUUUGCGUGUCUUAAAUGACAUCCCAUCUGUGUAUUUUUUAUUCGGUCAAAGAAACACGCUCUGAGAGUGUUUUCCUUUAUUCAUAACCACGACAUAUUAUUUCUAUGUGGUGUAAACUAUUCUCUAUUUUUGCUUCAGAUAUGUUCCCGUUCAAUGUUCAUUGUAAGGUGCGGGUAGAGCAAUAUGGCUGGCAUGAUGAUUUACUCAUUCCAGGAACGUCAAGACACAAUACGCUUGCAAACGAUAUUAUCAGCAAUGUAAGUGGACUUAAGCUACGAACUAAAAGAUUUUGCCAUAAUGCUGUACUUCUCUUUGAAUGUCUGGAAGGAGCGAGUACUUGAGUAGUUGUCGGGUGGUUAUAAGCAUGGUGCCCCCUUGCCCCUCAAGGGUUGAUUAAGAUUAGGUGCGAUUUUAAUUGGCGAAAUCUCGAAUAAAUCGGCCAAAGGCAGAGUGACGAUGAAACUCAAUGAGAGCACAAAAAAAUCCCGGGGACAAUCCCGAGGACACACGGAAUGAGUGCAGAAAAUUUUCACUGAAACUGCAUGUUCACACUCUGCUUGGACAGCUUAAAAUUCGUGCCGACACAAAAACCAUACUGGAUUGGACUUCUGUUCACACAUAAGAACGGUGAUUUUGGUGCGAUUUGUGUGGCGAAGCUGCGCCGCGUCGAUCUCUAAAGUGUUAUAUAUCGCGGGAUAGGUGUUCAUAGCAUACCGACAAGAAAAUUUAUCCGGCAUGAUGUGAACAUAGCCUUAUGCAUAAGCUGCUUGAUGCGGAGAGCGCGCAAGCGGAGCCCCUUGCUAAGAAAAUUUGUUGAUCUAUCCAUCCGUCAAAAUUUGGUUAUGACGAGAGCGCACGACCGAACGCUGACCGUACAGACUCUGGGGGAGGGGAUGAGAGUCGGGAGUCAACUCGUCGGGGGAGGAGUGUGUUAUAGCUGAGGUGAAAUUUUGGAAUUUGGAACUUGUUUUUAAAAAAGCAAGUAUAAUUUUUAAGAGAGGAAUAUACUACUAACCUUUUUUUAUUACAGAAACAGUGGGGCCAAGCAUACCUUUUAUCAUGCGUGUCUAUCUAUGUGAAAAUCAGGAGCGUAGCUAGCCCAUAGACCUGUAGGCCCGGGCCUACAAUUUUCGGUUUGAUCACUCUACAGCUUGUAAUAAAUUAUGCGUUGUUGGGGUGAGCAAAAAGCUUAAGAGGUCAAAGUGUUGGUGAGGUCAGUGCGUGUACUAGUCAUGCGUUAAAUUUUGGGGGGAAGGGGAGAUGAAAUUCAGCCAGGGCUAAACUAGUCGAAAAGCUGGCUAUGCCCCUAAAAAUAAUUUGCAUUUUUAGAUCGAGGCAUCAUAGAGGAUUUUUUUUCUCGUAACAUGAUAGGUGACAAGUUUUUAUACACCUUAUCCUGGCGUGAAUGUUUCUGUUGGUACGCCUACCUUUAGGUAAGUAAACGUGAUGUUCAUUAAUUCACCUUCACCUUCCUUUUCCUCGCAGAUCUUCUGUUUAUGAACAGCAGCUAAUAACUUUUGUUGAUUUUUAUUGCCCUCUUUAAUUUUUCUCUAAUAAAUUAUAACAUUUUCGCGGAUUUUUGUUGCUCUCUUUUUUAUGUCUUUUAGAUGGUGUGACGAGUUAUGAUAGUCCUUUUCAUCAAAUGGCAUUCAAUGAAAAAACAAAUUACAGCAACCUAUAGGCGAAUCCUUGGUGACGUCAAUGUUCAUUUUUGCUCAUUAGCAUACAAGUUAAUCCGUAGACGACGUCGCCGUAUGUACAAUUUAGGUUUAAAAGUUGAAAGAACUGGUUAAUUUGUUAGUGCAAUUUUCAGCUGUUUGCAUUCAAUAACAAAGGAAAUAUAGGCAAUCAAAAGCUGCGAAAUUGCUGGGAGGCAAAAACGUUAAUGAGCUCAUACAUUCUUUGUAAAGUCUGGGGGUUUUUUAAAGAAUAUUUCUUCGAAUCUAUUCGGUAUAUCGGGCUCAAAUUUUCAGAGAUAACUGAAAUUGUUAAGCCCUUUCAAUAUUCAGAGAUUUUAUUUUUAUUUGCUUCAUCAGAUAAUAACAAGCGUAUGUUAAUGAGCAAAAAAUGUAAACAAGUAUUCGCCUAUAGCUUUAUAAAUCUCUCUCCUUUUUGUGUAUGCUACGUUUUUGCUGUAUUCUUCAUAAUCAUGUGUUGAUCAUUCUUUUCUUUAUUUCUUAGUUCUGGAAGUGUGAUAGCAGGCUUCGACAUUGAAUACAAUGUAAAGAACUUCAGGCUCAUUGAAGAUCUGAAUGACACUGUUUCUAGAACAGGAUAUCUUUAUAACAUGCCUCUUCAGUUAAUUGAACUGGCAGCACAAUUUGGUAAGGAACUCAGAUAUGAACUUAAACCAUUGUCUGACAGGCCUGACACGUAUAUCCCUGAGGCCGGAGACUUCUCCCGCCUAGUAUAAGCUUGACCUCCACCCCCCUCCCCCCGCCCCCACCAUAAUUUCAUUAGAACAAAAUGAAUAUAUACCAAAAGGAAUUUCCUAGUUGUUCAGUUCCUGGCUCAUUAAUCGCAUACACCGGGCAACUUAAUUGAAAUUUACUACUAACGGUGACUCAACACGGUGACAGGGGAUGAAACAGGACUUACUUGCCAAUUGAUAUCAACCCGUCGAUUAUCCACCCAGCCCAUGAAAGGUUGUACCACACCACCGGGAUCUACGCCCCCUACUCUUUACGAACAGCGGGGAAGGUUCUUUUACGUCCCACAAGAAUCAGACUAGUGAAAGAACUAUGAGACGGGGCCUAUGAUUUUUAGUCCUUAUCCAAGAAGACCAAAGAAUGUCUAACCAUUUGAAGAUGUCGCAACAAAGACAGCACUUUCUUCUCAGUUAUUUUAAGACCCUUAGUGUUAAUCCGGCCGGGGUUUGUACACGCGUCCUCCUGCACGGCAGACCGGCGCUUAUCCAACUGAGCUAACCGGGCGGAUAAACUUCAAAACGGUCAAGUAUUAUUUUUUCUAAAGUGAUAGGGACCUUACGUUGCCCCGUUUGCCUUUACUCUUGCGAAUAAGCGAACAUGAAAAACGCGAAAGGGUAAUGCCUGUUCUGCACGCUAGUAGUACCGUGACUCUCAUCGUCAGUUCUACUUUAUUUCAGUACCAUCUGAGCCUCCGCAAAUUUUUAGCGUUACCCGCGUGACUGAUACAGGUAUUGAUAUCGCAUGGCAAGAUCCCAGCCUUUCUCCGACCCAGUGGGAGGUAUUCCAGGGCUACAAGGUACUUAUCAGACCUGCGGGAGGUGCGGAGGUCAAUAUCAUCACUAUCAAUGCUCUUCAGAAUUUCGCCAGCAUAACAGAAUUAAAAUCAUUGGGAACAUACAACAUAUCUGUCGCUGCUUACGCUAUUGCUGGAGUAGGGAAGGAGAGUGAAACCAUUACAGUCACCACUACCCUAGGUAAGGAAUAGUCCAAAGUGUCACUCGUCUCUUCGCCCCUCCCCUCAACCCCCUUGGGUAGUGGGGUGAAGACACGGUUUUUUUUUUUUUUCUGGCAUAUUUGCAGUACCACGGUUUGUUGAGAUCUAGAAAUUUGCUACCAAGGUAACUUGACGUCACACUUCUCUCUAUAACGAGGUCGUGUAAACGGAGUGUUAGUAAAGCGGGAUUCCAUCUUCAUGUGCAAGGAACGUUUCUCUUACAUCAUGAACACGUUCUGCAACUCCAUGGAAAACUUGAUUUUACUAUUUAUCUGUAACGAAACACUUAGAUUAAUAAACAACCUUCCUUUUUCGCUGGUCAUACGAAGGGUCUGGAGAGAGUUUGACAACGCAAGGGAGCCUGAAGAGAGUAGUUAUUUUUUGGAAAGACUGAAUGUUUUGUAGUUUAUAGAGCCCUAUAAAAGGGAAAUAACCUUUUGGAGAUGAUGAACAGCCGAUCAACGAUGUCAUCUGAGUAUCACGUGUUUGUCUCUCUCAAAACGGUCUGUAAAGUGAAUUCCUCUCUAGGGUGGACAUCAGCGGUUAACCCUUUAAACCCUAAGAUCAAGAUUUGAAUUCUCAUUUGUUGCCCCUAUUCAUUUACCACAGAAGUAGUGGGGAGAAGUUGAUAAAAUAUCAAGCAAAUUCAUUUUGUGUGAUCACGUCCGUAAUUCUCAUAAAAACUCUGUUUUACAAAGCAUUGACAUUACAAGGAGAAAUUUGAUGCUGAUCACUCUCAGGGCUUAAAGGGUUAACAAGUCUCUGCUGAGCAUCAACUGUUUGUCUGUUAUCAAACUCUUUACAAAGUGAACACUUUUUUAAGGUGGACAUUAAAGGUUGACCAGCCUCGUCCUCAAGCCAAUUCGCGCUAUCCUAGUGAGCGGAAGAGGCUUGGAACCAAACGCGAUAGUCGUUGGUGACGUCGUACCCGAAUUCGCCGAGGAUGACUGAGAACGAGGCUGAAGGUUGACCGGCCUCAGGUUACGUUUACUUGUCGUUCUGUUACUCUGUUUCCAACUAGUCAUGAACUCUCCUUUUUUUUAGAUGCCCCACCUACAAACGUUUCUGUAGUAAAUGUAACAACUUCUUGCGUCAGAAUCAAGUGGGACCCUUUUCCAGUGGAGCAGUUAGGUGGAGCGAUACGAGGUUACCAAGUGUCAUAUACAGUUGUUGGAAAAUCCAAUGCAACGCAUAUGACUUGCAACCUCACCAGUGGAGUCGAGAUCUGUAGUCUUCCCUCCUAUACCACGUACAAGUACUCCGUAAGACGAUAUUCGCGAAAUAAAUUGGGAAAUUCAAGCGAAGUUCAAUACUUUACAACCCUGGAACAAGGUAAAAUUCAUUUCGCGGGAUUUCCACUGAAGUGGUAGAAAACAAGAAUAGCCGAAAUUUUUGCUCCACAUUUCUUAAAGAAAGAUGCUCCUUUUAAUUCAUGGUUGAUGAUUGUUAAUAUUAGCAGAUAGCAUAGACACUUAUUUCUGCGAGUAGUAAAUGCUUUGCCUUUUAAAAUAUGAAGCUUUGGAGAGGGGGCUGGAGAAAGAUUAACGGAAAAUUGAUGGAAACAAUGAGAAGCAGCGACCAGUCUGACUGGCAACUGUCAUAACGCCACUUUCUAUUUUUCCAUCUUUUUCUUUAAGGUCUGAUCAGGCCUGCAUGUAUUCGCAUUCACAGGUUGAUCGACAAAUAGUGAUAUGAACACCGACCUUUGGAAAUCUCUUAUAACUAAGAUUAAUUGGGAUCGAUUUUCUCCUACGUCUUUUCAAAAGAGUUUAUGCUCUAAGUAUACCUUACAGUAAGGGUAGCUAUUUCUAGGCCUUGUCUCCCGAACCUCUUUAAUCACUUUUCUCUUUGCUUUGUCCAUAGCACCCAGCUUCCCGCCAACCAACGUUAACUGCCAUAAUGCAAGCUCAACAAGUUUGGUAAUACUUUGGGAAACACCCUCCACGCAAGGAAUGAAUAACAGUUUCAUACGCGGUUAUAAGGUGCGUGUAAGGCCUCGUGAAAACAACUCAGAAGUGUGGAGAGAUAGUCUUGUGUGUAACAGCUCACUCAACACUACUAAGGAAGGACUGAGAAUUUUCACCGAGUACGAGAUUCAAGUGGCUGCGCUGAAUGGGGCAGGAAGGAGCAACUUUAGUGAAAGGAUCUCUUGCUUUACUGAUGCGGAGGGUGAGUAUAGAUAAAUGCACUUUUAUUUCAGUGUCAAUGUAUUUCGCACUAAAUUACUAAUUAGGGACGCUAUAUUUACCCGUUUUAAAAGUCCCAAUAGUGACCAACAUCAAUUUUCUGCCAAUGAUAUCCGUACAUUGUCAAGAGACUAGGUUAUGAGAAUUAAUAAAAUGAUCACGUAAGAGAAAAUGCUUUGAUAUUUUGUCAAAUUCUCUCAACUCAUUCUUUAAGGAAAUAUAUAAAGAUCAGUUUGGAGAAUUUGUAUGUGGAUAUUGGGGCUUAAAGGGUUAACGUCUCCUACUGAAGACGGGACCACCAUUUUAUGCGAUCAUCCGAGCCAAGUGGUUGAUAGAAUCUUAGUUGUUGUGGUUUUUUUUUUAUGAUGAUCUUAUCCGUGACUUCUCUUGAGCUCCUUACGUGGGCAAGUUCUAAUAUUUUCGUUUCGCCUUGUUUCAAAUUAUCGUUCUUCGAACUACCGUAAAAUUCCGAAAAUAAGCCCCUCCAAAUAUAAGCCCCCCAAACCGGUAACGCAAAAAACCCUCCGUUAAAUCGCCCCUCCAUGCAAAUAUAAGCCCUCCGGGGGCUUGUACUUGACAAUUGCCCUCAAAUACAAAGUAAAACAAAGCAAAACUAGGUAAAUUUCCUUCCAACUAUAUGGCUAGCCCAAUCGAUUUUGAAACGCAAAUUUCCCUCCAUAGAUAAGCCCCUCCGAAUAUAAGCCCCUCCAAAAAUACGCCCCUCAAAAAGGGCCUUUAACAAACAUAAGCCCCGGGGCUUACUUUCGGAAUUUUACGGUAUCUUCAAAGAUUUCAUCCUUUUCUGUUAUUUCUCCGUUUCAGUAUUGCUGUCAUCUUUAUUUAUUUGCUUCUUAAAAUAGUACAAAAAAGGCCUUUUUAUUUUUUCCCGUCAUUCGAUAUACUAUCUUUUUAAAAUACUACUUAUUAAAAGGAAACAAUCAAGAAACAAUUCCAGCUGCAAAUAGCGACAUAAAAUCCAAAACGAGUGAAGUUAAACCAUUAACCCUAAACACUGCAUUAGGAUGUGUCUAAAAGAAAGCUUCAAACGUGAAUACGGAGGAUUAUAUUUGUAUUUGAACAGCAGAUUAUCGCUUUCAAGAAACCAGUAUCUUACACAUUGUUUUCGCUUAUGUGGCCAGCAUCUAUCCAAAUUUAUUUUCACAUUUACAUAAGAAAAGAGUUCAACUCCCACAUGGUUGGUUUGGUAACACGAACGUGGCCGCCGUUUCAUUGUUUUAGAACAACAAUAUAAUUUGAAGGAAGAAGAAUUCUAAGACCAGAAAGCUCAGAAAAAAUUCCAGCUCCGGGUGAGGAUCGAACUCACGACCCUCCGAGUUCUAGUUCGGGUGCUCUAACCACUAAGCUACUGGAGCCCUAUGGCGAGUAGGGUGGACAUGACUGCCGUGACGUCAUGUGAAAACCAUCCGUAUCACCUGAUUUCAUGAUCGUCGGACUAUGACUCUGGGAGGUUGCCUCGCCGCGAUUUUUAGCUAGAACUUUAUAGAGUGUUUUCACUCACGUGGCCAGCCUCUAUGCACAUUUAUUGGAACAAAAGAAAGUGUUUGCAUAAGAAAAGAGUUCAACUCCCACAGGAUUGGUUUUGGACACCAACAUGGCCGCCAUUUCAUUGUUUUGGGACACCAAUAUGGCCGUCGUGACGUCAGGUGAAAACACUCUACUGAACGAGAUGGUUUGUUUACUUUUUAGUUUGUUGUUUAUUGUUUACUCUUUUUAGUCCCUCAAAGUGGCCCCUUAAAUGUCACCGUUUACAACUUGAGCUCGACAAGCAUACACAUCCAGUGGAGCCCAGUUCCCGAACCGCUGCGCCUGGGGGAUAUUAUUCAUUAUGUAUUCAAUAUAGCAGAAGUGCUUACAGGGUACACCAGAGUGCUGAUAUUCGAUGGAGAUAUCCUGAAUGCUACGGUGGGCAAUUUGUCAAAAUACACUGAACACGCGAUCACGGGAGCAGCGGUCAACAGCAAGGGCCAAUCAAACUUCACCUCUGCCACCAUUAUUCGCACGAAUGAAGAUGGUAAGUAUAUAAUGCUGAACACCUACCGUAAAUCCUCUAUUAAGCCCCCCUCUCAAAUAAGCCCCCUUCCUCUAAUAGGCUCCCCCCCCCUUUUCAGGAGAAGAAUAUUAAUAAGCCCCUCCCCUCCCUUAAUUAUUCUUCACUGGUAAAUGAUAGACUAUAAAUCAAUCACGACUUUUUAACCUCGUGUGGACUGAUCCGGGAUGGUUUAUUUAUCAACUGAAAGUUCUGAUUUGUUUUGGCUGCAUGACCUCCAACCUUCUUGUACGUGGGCUUAUCCACUUUGUAUUCUAGUUCUUUGUGGAGAACUGAUACCAUCGUCUUUUCUAAAUUAAAUUAGCCCUCCCUCUUAAAUAAGCCUCCCGUUUCUAUUAAAGCCCCACCCCCGCCUCAAAUGGGCGUGAAAUAAUUAAGCCCCCCACCCCGGGGCUUAAUAGAGGAUUUACGGUAAGUCUUCUACUGUAAAUUGCUUUUUUGACCCUCAAAGCCUCAAGGGUCACCAACAUCAACUUUCUCCCAACAAUAUCACUGCGCAAUUAUGAGAGAAGGUUCUGAGAACUUAUUAAGUGAUCACCAAAACAAAAUGCUUUGAUCGUUUAUUCAUAAUUUUACCAAUUCUAUAAGGAAAUGUAUGGAGAUCAGUCUCCAGAAAUUGUUUGGGGAUAAUGUGUACAGUAUCCAAAACAGGAACUACAUCACCACGUCUCCAUUAUAUUUCUUCCUUUUCCUUUGUUAACAGGGCUGUUUAACUAAAUGAAAUAAGCCCCCCGCUAAACUUGGUUCCUACAAGGUACUUUAGACCUGUAAAUCCCAAUGGCGUCUUACACUGCACACUUACGACAAAGAAGAACGAGUGCUUUAGAUGGCGACGUAAAAACACUGCGAAUUAUUAGGCUAUAGGUUUAACCCUCUGUGUCAAUCGCAGUGCCUUGUACUUAAAGCCUGAGACAUUGUGUAUUGUACCUUUGUAUUGUUUCCUUCGGCCACUUCUCGUGGUUUUUUUGCGUUCUUAGCUUAUUCGUACCAUAUAUUUUACAAAAGUCUUUGCUUAAUUCGCAUAAAUUUGAACUUCCACAGCCCCAGAUAUUGCUCCUGCAAACCUGUCCGCGUACAACACAAGCUCCACAUCGAUCAUGAUUGAAUUUCAGGCCUCUUCCCCGGCAAAACUAAAUGGCAUUAUCCGAAAACUCUGCUUUACCUACUCAAAAGCUGCCGAUGCAAAUACAGCUGUUGGGACGUGCGCCGCUCACCGACAGCACAGCAGACGACGAAGAUCAGCGCCAACAAACAGCAGCGUUUUCAAGUCCGAAUUGACCGGUUUGAAUGAAUACACCAUGUUUUCUAUACAAGUUUCGUUUUACACAGUGGAUUUAGGUCCUUAUAGUGAAGUGGUCAACGUCUCUACGGAUGAAGGAGGUAGGGUUUUUCUUAUGGCUGUUGAAAUACAACGGGACCCGGAUCUAAUAUCUACGGCUUGUCCUAAGCUUAGACUUUCCGAAAGUCCUUUAUUUUUUUCCCUGGUUAUGGUUGGUUAUGCCAUUUUAAUGGUCUCUCCAUACUAGCUUGGCGCGAAAUUCACCUGUCGAAAAUUCAACCGGUGACCUCAUGACAAUUUGCCAAUAGGACAGUGAGUGAUAUUUCACACCGCUCCCGACUCAGCAUAUGUCAAUCAUUUUUUUCCCGCGCGAAUUUAUAAUACGAUUGAAAUCCAUUCAGGCGAAACAAGUCGACCUCGAGACUUCAUCGCGCGCUCGGUCGCUGCACGACCUCAUGCAUUAAAGCUCGCUUCGCUCACUUUUGAGAACUUAUGAGACGUUGACUUGUAGCAGUUCUAGCCUGAGCUAAGAUGUAUCCCAAGGUUGAUAAUUUUACGGCAUAGGGCAUUAUUGUUAAGAAAUAGUACUUACGAGAUAUCUUAGGACGGUUGUCCCUGAUACAAAUUUCUGGCAUAGUGGCAGAGGCUACAAAUUGGCCUACUAUUUGGGCGAAUCUUCGAGCAGUCAAGAUGAAGUGAAUCCUGCGUUCUGAUUGGCUACUUGCCCAUCUUGCCCGUCUGAGAUUUUUGUCUGUGUAAUAAUAUCCUUUAUUCACCAAACUUGUUCGUUCAAGGUGGCUGGAAUUUCUCCCCGCUUUUUUUUGCCUUUUUAUUGACCUCAUCUUCGUCUCAGGCAAUAUUAAACCAUCUUGACUUCACGCGUAGUCAAUAACGCAUAUUUAUUCUGUACAGGGUCAGCAUUUCCAACUUGUUUACCUCACGGGUGAGCUCACGGUAUACUUUGCUGAGCAGCAGUUAAUUUGUUUGUUUGUUUGUUUGUUUGUUUUUUUCGCCCACUUUCACAUAUAUUUUUAGUGCCCAGGGCUCCUCCGUUUCAAGUGACCGCGUUCAACAGCAGCGUCACAAGCAUCCUGGUCACGUGGCAAAGCAUAUCUCAGUCUACUAUACCUGGUGUCUUACUCGGAUAUGUCGUGCGCUACAUAAAAGCGAAUGAACCAGACGUCCUGAACUUCAUAGAAAUAAAACACGACUUGAAUACGUAUAGAAAUAUCACAAAUCUAGAGCCGUAUACCUUGUAUAAUAUAUCCGUGGCGGGAUAUACACGUACUGGGGCAGGAAAUUUUAGUGAAACACAGAGUUGGACAGAUGAGGGAGGUAAGAGUCAAUCCAUUUCAUUGACACUUGAUUACCAGCUGCCAGGACGUGGUCAAUAUUUCUCAAACUCAUUAAUGAUUCAUAAAGAAAACACAAAAGAAAAAAAUGUUUAAUGACUGUUUGGAAAUCAGAUGAGAAACUGCUCAUUUUUUGCAUCCUUAAUUUCUCCUUCUAAAAUCAUUUUGUUUGAGAAGUAAUAUCAAGCAUUUGACACAGUGUUUCAUCACCAGAUGAAACACCUCGAAGUUCGUCAAAUAUACUCCGCUGCGCGUCGUAUUUUCAACUCUCUUCUCAGUGUUUCAUCUGGCGAUGAAACACUGCGUCUCACGCUUGAUAUAUUUCGUACUUUAUAUUUGACUUGGUCAUUUAUCAUUAUAACAUUUCUGUACAUUCAACAGUUGCCUUGUAGUAACCUUUAUAAAGACAUUCUUUGAUGACAAUCAUAAUUCGUGCAACUUAUGAGCAAACAUUAGAUAUAGUCACACAUAGCCAUCUUUAACUUAAUAAAACAACAGAGUGAUAGGCAAGCAGACUAAAGGCCUGACUAACGCAGAGAAGUUAUGAAAUUUCUGGUUUCUCCCAGACCGCACAACCAGACGUUUUGUGAAAAUGGCUCUCUGUCACUUUGAUUUGAUGACCCCCUUUUUAACUUUUCAAAUGAACUGCUUGUGCUACUGACCAAAUGGCUGUCUGUUCCAAUUUCGUUAUCACUGUCGACCUAAUAUAAUAACAGGGAACUUUGCCUUACGCAACAACGACGACGAAGGCUACAAAAACGACACUUAAAAAGUGAAGUCGCCCUGCUUGAAACUUUAUCGCGCUUAUUCCAUCUCUUUCAAUUCGUCAUAUGCCAGCAAUAUUCCUAGAGACUGUAUCGAAGUUCAGAGAGUGUCUGUUCAUGUCCUCAACAAAAUGUGAAAUUAGGACAUUUCACGUCGUUGUCUUGCAGUGACGGCCAAGAAAUGUAGAAAAAAGUUGUUGUUUUGCUCAUCUAAACCUAUUCCUUUUUAGCCGUUUUCGUUGCCGUCGCCAUCGUCGUUGCCUUAAGCUCCCCAAUGACUCCGUCUCAAACACUAAAUGACUGUCUGUCUUAUUGACCGACUGGCUGUUCGUCCAACUAACAAAAGAUUGUCAGGACUUACUAAAUGAUGUCUGUACCAGAUAAUGUUAUGGGCACAGACGCAAUGACUUUACGAGGUUCAAGUUUUACUCACUAUACUACUCGCCCCGGUUGUUCAAAAGUUGGAUAGCGCUAUCCACUGGAUAAAUCACUAUCCAGCCGAUAAGUAUUACGUAAACCAAUUGCGUUAUCCACUGGAUAGUCAUUUAUCCAGUGGAUAGAGCUAUCCACCUUUCGAACAACUGGGGCCUGAUACUUAUGUUUGUUUCACAAUAGUCCCCGACGGACCUCCGAUCAACGUGACCGGGACUUCCUUCAGCACCACGAGCAUAAACCUCGAUUGGCUUCCAGUAUCGGAAGAACUUCGGAAUGGUAUCAUUCGGAAAUACGAGGCUUUUAUCUACGGUGCCUAUGGCUACAACGAGCAAAUGACCGUUCAAGGUCCUACUCGCACAGCGGUCUUUGAGGGGCUUGUAAUUUUUUCUAACUACUCUCUUAAAGUGCGCGCCUUCACCAGAAAAGGACCUGGCCCUUGGAGCUCAUUGAUAAAUACAACCACAAGUGCUGGAGGUAUGUUUCUUGUGACUUCAUGUUUAAAUUUCUGUCGGCCCGCAGUCCUAUAUACCUUGGCCCAGUUAUUCGAAGGCAAAUUCAGAAUUCUUGUUUCUCUCGUUUAGAAACGUUUUUUUUCGGCCCAAGUAAGGGAAUCUGGAAUUCUGGACUUUGGAUUCCAGAUUCCACUAACAAUUGGAAUCCAGUUCCAGAACAGAACACUGAAUCUACUACCUGGGCGUCUCGACGUGUGCAAACAUCAAAUUGUAGGCAAAGAGAAUUUCCACGAAUUUGCUUGGAAAGUUUUCAGAUUCAAGUUUAAAUUUCGUGAUUUUCCUCGGGUUAUCUUCACUCUGCCUAGAACCGCUCGCCUCUUGUUUUCUCGCUCAGUUUGUGUCGCUCGAGAGUUCAUUCUUUUUCAAUUGCUCAUGUCCAUGCUUGAUGCAUUUGUUAUUUCAAGAAUGAAGGACGUAAAAAAUCAAGAGGAUUUAACGUACCGUAAAUCCUCUAUUAAGCUUCCCAGAGGGCUUAUUUACUUCAAGCCCAUUUUGGGGGUUAAUAGAGACGGGAGGCUUAUUUAAUUUAGAAAAGACGGUGGUGUCAGUUCUCCAUAAAGAACUAGAAUACAAAGUGGAGAAGCUCAAGAACAAGAAGGUUGGAGGUUAUGCAGCCGAGGACCAGAAUCAAAUCCGAACUUCCAGUUGAUAAAUAAACCAUCCCGGAUCAGUUCACACGAAGUUUUACAAUCAUGGUUGAUUAAGGAUUAAAUUAACUGCAAAAACCGUGGACGAAGAUCCUGCUAGUUGUAAACGUUGGAUCUCUAGAGAAGAGAUCAAAUCAGCCAAAAUAUAAAGAACAAGAACGAGAAGUCCGAAGACUACAGCAAAGCUUUCUGAUUUAAAACAACGGGGACUUUUUUAUAACAAUAUUUAUUGCAUACCAGCCUUCUUCAGGUUUACAGAUGUUACUGUUAUUAACACAGUCUGUCAUUUAUUAGUGAAGAAUAAUUAGGGGAAGGGAGGGGAGGGGGCCUGAUAGAGGAGGGGACUUAUAAACUUUCUUCCCCUGAAAGAAAACCUUUGACGGUUAAGAACUCAGCGCAAAAUGCAGUCUGGAGGCUGACCUGAGCUUCACGCCCUGACAUUUCCCCGCGGAUGUUUGACGGAGUUAAUGGAUAGGAAAGAGAGCGAUGAGGACUUGAAUUGGAGUACCCGUCAUGUUAAAACUGUUUAUUACUUACUCUGGUGAAUUGACUGAUCAGUGUAGUGAUCAAUCUUUUAUUUCUAGCCCCUGAUAAAACUCCGGUGAACGCUACUGCUCAAGCCACAAGCGCCACGACGAUUCACGUGACCUGGAGUCCAGUCUCUUUGCAAGAUGAGCCAUUUCUUCAAGGGUACCGCAUUAAAUACUACCGUGUCGAUCAACCCGAUCUUGUCAGCAACUUUGGAGCUGGUAAAAAUGACAUCCAAACACUUUUAACUGGUUUAAAGCCAUUUACAACUUACGCUGUAAGAGUUGCGGCAUUUGCUACUGAAGACGGAAACUUCACCGAUCCUUUGUAUGUGAAAACAUGGGAAUGGGGUAAGAGAAAGAGAUUCAAAAUUUUGUUAUGUACAUCAGUGAUUUACGACUACCAUAUAAGCUCAAAGUAGGUACGAUAUUCCCCCAUGCAGUGGGACUGGAGGUGGAUCGCUGCAACAAUUCUACGUUCCAAACAGGAAUAUGGGUUCUUUUUUGCCUCCUUUGACCCUUUUACUGUCAAAGGCGGCCAAAGUCAAAAUUUAAAUGUCAUUUCGUAAAAUGCUGAAAAACAAAUAGUACCAAUUGAAAGAACUGCCAAAGAGGUUUCAGUUUGCAUAUCACAUAAAUCAGUGUAUUUCUGGGCGACUUGGUUGGACAUGUGUCCUGUCUGAAGAGAUGAUUUCUUUGUCGUCCUGCAGUGGCGCUGUGAUCAGAAAUCAGAACAGAUUUGAGUAAGAUCUAACCUGGUUUUAGAAGAUCUUGGUUCCAUCCUCUUCUCGAAUGACCUACCUUCUAUCCGGGGGGAAUACUUCCUUAUAAAGGGCUAAUGGGGAUGUGCGGCCGAACGGGGUCGUAUAAGUUAAUCCAAGCACCCCCCCGGGUCUUCUACCAACUUAUUUAAUGGACCGGUGUUUUGUUGUUGCAGUUCCAACAGCUCCACCUUCCAAACUCGGUAUCGUCAUUCUUGAUUCUCAGAGCCUAUUGAUUCAUUGGGAUGAAGUGGCCCCGGACCACCGAAAUGGCAUCAUUCAAGGAUACGCACUUAAGUAUUCAUCUUUGACGAAUGGCACCGGUGCUGUGAUCACUCUGGGAGAAUAUGACUUUUCUUUUAAGCUAAAGUCGCUUCACAAGGCCUCCGUCUAUGAGAUUCGUGUUUGGGCUUUCACGCGGGUUGGACCUGGUAAUUUUGCAUCGCAGACUGUUAUGACGGAAGAGGACGGUAAGCGGAAUGCUUCUCUUCAUCAGGGGUCGUUUCCUUCGCCUAGUUUCAAACCGAGAGGGGCUGGGUACGAGUCCGUUUAUUAUGGGAUAAACAACAUGAGACCCGUUUAGUCGGUAAAAGCACAUUGAAAUUAGCAACAUUCUCAAGAUUGGUCUUUAUCAGGCCUAUAUUGAACGAGACUACAUUCAUUCAAAAACUCCAAAAUUUACUAAGAAAUAUGUUGACGUCCCGGACGGUGUGUUUGGUAACCCAUACCUCUCUUAUAAACUCUCAAGUUUUUAAAUAGCUGUAUCCUGUUCAACAUUGGCCCGAUCGACACCAAACUUCAGAUUUUUCGUAACAUCAAUGUGCUCUUUCUUACCAUGUGGGUCUCGUCUUGUUCAUCCCAUGAUAAACCGGCUUUUACCCAGCCCCUCUCGGUUUGAAACUAGACAAUGUGGCCUGUGUUCUCAUAUAGAUCGUGCUCGACUAUACAGGGGCGAUGGGGCGGAACAAAGAGCGUGACCUAUGAUACUACAAACCAAAGGCUGUUAAAAUUUGCGUGACGGGAUUACACCCUAAAAAACGUGUAAACGUGUUGUUCAUCCUGCUUUCAAAAUAGCUGUAUUUCACGUCGUAAACUCUGCUGACCAUCCAUUUUUCAUUCACAGUUCCCAGUCAACCACCACCCAACAUUGAAGCUCAAAAUCACACAAGUUUAACAACAAUACCCAUUUUCUGGGAACCAGUUCCCACUGAAUUCCUUCACGGUUUUUUAGCUGGGUAUCGUGUGACCUACCAAGCUGUAAAGAUUGGCGACUUAACAGCGGAAGGUGAUCUUAUCAGUGAAGAUGUUGGACGAUCAAUUACUUCUAUAACGUUACAGGACCUCGAACCUCUUGCGGUUUAUAAGAUAACUGUGGCCGCAAGAACUAACAAGGGAGCUGGGCCCGAGGGUAUCACGUUUGGAGGUGAGUCAUGCGCCGAUCAAUAGAUCAUUUUACAGUUGUGGACUUAGUACCCUAGCCUUCGAGUGAAUGUGAGGCUGACGGUGACCUUGUUCCUUUGCUUUGUUAUGGAAAUUGAUUUACAUAAUAAGGCAGGAAGGUUUGUAUCAAAACAAGGUCACUGUCAGCCUCGCUUCCAUCCAUAACUGUAAAAUGGCCUAUUUGAAACUUCAAUGUGCCCCAGGCAAACCCCGACUCCGAGUGACUUCUCACGAUUCCUCUGAAGUGUAGACGUUGGUCGCAGGCUACAGACCUUUAUGCACCACGAAUCAUCAGGUUGAAGGUCAAGUGCGCCAACUACAGCACGGUGUCUUUAGGUAUAGAUGAGAAGACUGUGACAUUCAAGCGUUCCAUUAGGGGUAGAACUCUUAAUUACUUAUAGAUUAUGUUACUAUACUUAGCGGUGGCAACAACAUUGCCUGCCACAAGUUGCCGUCCCAUAUCCACUUCGAAGGACCAUGUUCAGUUAUCUUUUCCGAACAGAGCAUCAUUCUGCAACUUUUUCCGUUAACACCCUUGGUCAGGAUGGUUACCUCAACGGACCAACACAGUGUCUUACCAUCAGCUUAACAAACAAACUUUUAUCUGUUUAACAGAGACAUGUCGAUGUCGUUCGCAUUUGACAACAAACUGGAGAAAUUAUCCCCCUUACGUGAACUUGAACUUCGGAAACCUCACGUCUGGUUAUUCUUCUGGUUUAAUAAUCCCGAAGCUGUUGACCCACGUCGUGGAUCAGUGCUGUGGGUGGUGUCAGGAACAUAACAGGUAAUCGGGUUUUAUUUUGUUGAUGUUUUUAAUGCCUAAUAAAAAUUAAAGGGCUCUGGAACCUCUUCGCCCGUGGGGGGACUCCGCAUAUAAAAGGGGUGGGGAUGCUCUUCGGAAAUUUUGAAUUAAACCCCUAAAGGAGACCGAUCUGGGCGUGGCCCAAGCUUUCUUGACCCCUAAAAGAGACCAUGUUAAAACACAGACAAUACAUAUAUUUGCAUAUUUUUUCACGUGCAACCCUAAACAAGACCUUCACGGCUAAAUAUGAUGGCGUUUUGCCCAAAAUACCCUAAAUGAGACCCAAAUCCGAAAUUUACACCCCUAAGCGAGACGACGAGCAUCCCCCCACCCCUUUCAUAUGCGGAGUCCACCCCCCGGGCCUCUUCUCAUGCAGACUUUUGUAUAGUAGAAAGCUUACUAGGCCAUUUCCAGCUUCCUGUGGAAAACUGACUAAUCUGUAGGUUGCGCGCCCGCCAAUGUACGAUUUCCUGGAUCAACGUCAAACUGUGUUCCGUGUGACGCUGUGUUUGUCAUAAUUUUCUUCAAAACAAUGUCCUGAUGAGACAAUUAUUAGAUUCAAUUUUUUUGAUAUUCGAAAUAAUCAAGGUCUCGGGAAGUGUUAUCACCUGAGGCCGAUAAUAUUGCACCCAACGAUAAGCCUAAAACAUGUAUUUAAUCUAUCUGUACCGUGUCAUUCAUUUUUACAUCACUCUUCGCAGGUUAGGUUGGUUAGGUCUGGGAUGGGAUCAUGUAUUUUUCGGGGGGUGUCGAUCGAUGUAUCGACCGAUAUCUCGAUCGACAUAUCGGUCGCUUUGUCGGUCGAGUGUUGACCGAGUAUCGGCCGAGUGUCGGUCGAGACUUGGUCGAGUAUCGGUCGAGAGCCUGUCGAGUCUCGACCGAUAUGUUAGCGACACGCGGCCGCUACAGUCUAUCGGUCGAUACUCGGUCGAUAGUUGGUCGAUUCUCGGCCGAUACUUUGCCGACCUAUCAUGUACUUUCACCGGCGAGUCUUUUCUCAGGAGGAUUCCCUAAGCAUUAAUCUUUACAGCAGUUAGCACAUCUGUGCAAUCGCUUCUGUCUGAGAUGUUGAUGUGUUAAAAAAAAAAACUCUCUAAGGAUUUGAAUGGGAAUUAUUACACCAGGAAGGAAAUUAGAGUGUAAUCAUAUCAUUUACAUCAACAGAUCAAGGUUAGAUUUCAGGCUGAACGGAAAUAACCAGGCAGCCCAGCAGACAACCAUCGAGCAAUUUAGAAAAAACAUUGACAGCCAGACGGACUUCUCAUUCCCUGUAAUAGGCUACAAGUUACAAGACAGUUACAAGGGAGGGCUGGGGUAUUCGCCUUUCGUGGAAUCAGCGGGCGUGGUGUUUAUCGUGUAUACAGACAAUUCUAAUGUAAAAGAUACCAUGGUUUCGGCUCUUUUUGCUUGCUGGCCUAUUGUGCUGAUACCCUUUAUCAUGGCUUAUAUUGCUGGUUUCUGCAUUUGGGUGCUGGUACGUGCCUUCAUGUUUUUAUGUGUGUGCAAAUUGUGAUAAACAACCCUAUUCUGGAACCUUACGUCGCCUUAAAUUACAUAACUUUUUAAGAAAAUUUACCUUAAGUGGCCUUAAGUUACCGCUACUAAAGGUCCCACAGUCAAACCUUUCCACAACGUCCAUCAUAGUGAUUGAGGUACCUAGCUGUUGCUAGGGGUGGGGGUUGGUUUCGCACUGUAUAGGCGUUUUAAAAAGAUUGAACGUAGGUAUCUGUCGGGAUAAUAACCAGUGGUCGUUAUAAACCAUGUGGCCUUUGUUAGCGAUUCGGCUGUAUUCCAAAACACUUCUCAUAACAAAUUUAGCCGGUCAACUUACUUAUGUUCUAACAAAGACAGCUCAUCCGUCUAAGUAAUUUCAUUAUUUCCUUUGUUUGUUUGUUUGUUUUUUUCUUUCUUCAUUUCUUCAUUUAUUCAUUUAUUCAUUCAUAUAUAUAUUUAUUUAUUCAUUUAUUGACAGGACUCACAAUCAAACACCGAACACUUUCCAGGGUCAUUUCUCCGUGGAACUUGGGAAGGACUCUGGUGGGCCUAUGUUUCCAUGACAACCCUAGGGUAAGCCUUUUGUUGUUGUUGUUGUUGUUUUUUUUAUGCGUGACACACUGAUAUGAUUUUAUAUCUUUUACUUACUUUCUUUGAAGACUACGAACGCUUUAGCAUAUAUGAAACUAUCUAUCUAACUGUCAACUACCAAUCAAAUAUCAUAAACAUGAUGGCCGAAAAUGUUCUUUGUGCUCAUAGCUAUGGUGACCGCUGUCCAGCAGGUAACAUUGGGCGCGCUUUCGCCACUGUCUGGGUACUCAUAGGACUCGUGGUUGUCUCGCUGAUGACGGGUGCACUAACAACAGCAUUGACAUCGAUCACAGAGACUUCUGAGGUUCAGAUAUAUGGAUCUAAGGUAAAGAUGCCGGCCGAAUCACACGGUUUCGGUGGUGCUUUAUCACAGUUAACAGUCAUUAUUCCACGAGUGAGCGUUGGAUAUGAGUUGGCUAUAAUCAUCUCAUAUCCAACAACCGUGAGUGGAAUAAUUGUUUUAUUAAAAAUGCCCACAAAAUAUUGAGAAUUCUUCCCCACUUUAUUUGUAAAAACAACCGAUUUUUAGCUUGUUUUUAAUUUUGAGCAGACGCGUAAAGUUACCAUAUUUGCAGAGCAUGGUAUAAUGGCUCAUAUACCAUGAUGGCUAAGCCAAUCAGAGCUCUAGAAUUGUAUUAUCCCAUGAUUCAGGUUUUAAUAAUAAAGUAUAUACAGUGGAGCCUCAACGAAGUGCCAAGGGACCGGCAAAACAUGCUCUCUAUAAGGUGAUUUCGUUAUAUCGAGAUUCCUUUCCAUAAAUGUUACUAUUAUUGGGGUUAAAGAAAAUUGUUUUUUAUACCGAGGGCCUCGUUGUAAUUAUAGAGGUUCGUUUAAUCGAGGUUCCAGUGUAUACUUGUAACUCAGUUGAUGUCUAACUGAAAUCGCUAUGAGGGCUUUUCAUAGUAGACCGGUUCCAGCCGAAUAUUACCGGCGUGUUCUUGUGUCCCGGACAACCAUUUCAGCUUCAGGAUGGUACACAUAGCAUUGAAGUCGGACAUUGAAGUUACACCAGAAGCUGUCAGUAUACAACCCGAUGUCUGUAUCAACGUGCAAUGGACGACAAAAAAAGUCGAGACACAAACAGGAAAACAAGACAAUAAUGCGGAGCCCACCCCCACCCCCAAACCACUGUUAACUUUUUUGUUACUGUCGUUUCCUAUAGCUAUGGUAUAAACAGCAGUACAAUAUCUUUUGUGGGAUAUUAGCGAGAUGGAAGGCUAGCUUUUUUUUCCAUUUUUAAAGGAGAUAGUCCCUUAAAACGCGAAAACGGCCGUUUAGUACAAAGUGUCCCUUUUAGUCGGAAACUUCUUUACAUCAUCAUUUAUUUUGUCGUUUUUUUAGAUUGGAGCAAUUCAUGGUUCACCCGAGUAUAAUCUCGGAAUCAGGAGAAAUGCGAUUAUGAACAAAGGUGAGAGAAGCAUUUGAUGUUUUUAUCAGGGUGCAUGACAUUUGUUUAUACAUUUCUUUGCUGUCACUGCGCGAUUACGACGUGAAAACGCCUAAUUCACCACUUGCACAUCUCCCAUAAUACUCUUUGUUUGUCCCCCAAAAUUUUGCAUAACCUUUGUUUUUCAUUUCUCCUGGAUAUAACAGCCGUCCCAAGAGAAAUUGAAAACAAUGCUUGUACAAAAAUUUGUUGGGCAAGUAAGGUGCAUUAUGGGAGAUGUGCAAGUGGCGAAUUGCACGUUUUAUGGAGGACGGUAAACAAGUGAAGACGAAAUUUUCUCUCUUUCUAAACUUGAGUGCAGUCCCCAAGAAGUCAACUCCGGCGACAAAACGCGAGUUCAUUUUAAAAUUGACGUUUCCGCUGCCGUCGCCCCGUCAAUGCUUCUUAGGUUCCUAUUCAAAUGAGUUAACAACAAGAAGCGCCAGCAGUGCUAGUGGUUAUAGUGGUUGGUUUAUAGGUGCAUGCCCACAAGUUCUCUGCAUCACAUACGUAACGCUUGUUUUUUAUGUAUAUCUUUAGACAAACAUUAUAACACCAUCAAGGAACUAGCCGAUGCUCUUUCCAACAGAGAAGUAGUCGGCGUCCUGAUAGACACAUACGCUGGCGCAACCCACAGAGAACUCUUCGCCAAUCCUUCAUUUAGAAUUGCGCAGAUCAUUGACCAUAAAACAGCUUACGGUGUAGUCAUUGGCGGAGACUCAAUGCGUCUACGUCAUUGUUUCUAUGGUUACAUGCGCUCUCAUCGAGCGGAGAUUUUUUCGCGGGUGAAAGAAUUGGUUAAGCCUAUUGAGGUGAGUCUUACCAUUUCUUUGUCUUGAUCCUCUCUGCCUUAAACGAUCACUUAUUAUGAAUCCACUCGGUUGUGGAUUUUAUUGGAUCUAAAGUCCUUUUUGGCCUUUAGAAAACUGUUCAUUGAGAAGCAAAACGCAAAAUCCGUUUUUGGAUUCAAGAAUCCCGAUUUGGAUUUCCUCAAACAAAAUGGACCCUUAUUAAGGCUUAAUCAUUAACUACAGUCAAACCCUGUUAAUGAGUAAUUUGCGACACCUUCGAUUCUUCACCAAACAGUCACACCCUGCUUUAUGGGCACCCGUUUAAUACGGCACAUAGUGCCCGGUGUGGUGGUCUAUCUCACUUUCACACUCAUGUAUGGGGGAAUCAUUACUCAUUCCUUCAUUAUAUACUUGUAAACUGCACCUUAAGCAGUCUUGCAAAGUCCCCCAACCAGUGUUGUAAAUUAUCCCUGAAAGACUUGAGGGGAGUGGAUAAUAUGAUAUUUACAUUUACAGUUUACAUUUACUCCUCAUUAUUACAGACAGUUUGCUUUGUUCCUGGGGAGAGAAAGUCCUUACAUUUUCUCUUAAUUCAACCCACUUAAUACAGGAACCCCAUUAAUACGGACACUUUCUAUGGCCCCCUCAGUGUCCGUAUUAACCGGGUUUGCUGUAUAACGUAUCUCUUUAUUUUCCAGGGAUCAGGUGUGUCCGAUAAACAAGUCGUUCAGGAAAUCUCCACUGGUUUAUUUGAUAGCGGCACCGAUCUUUUCCGUAACACGCUGCUCAUAAGCGCUACAUGCACCAUAGCGGCUGUGGUUUUGGGUCUUUGUUUUGACGCUGUGAGGAGGAUACGACAUCGAGCAAAAGUCGAUCAGAAUAAAGGUGAGGCGGUUCAUUGCCUUUGAUCGAAGCGAAAUGCAACCUACACGUAGCCUGCAAGAAAUUAAAGUUCUCCAUUUGGGAUUCAGCGCGAGAAUUGAGGGCGCACGCGUAGGAAGCUAGCGGAGCAAGGCGUGGGAACGAGAUACAAUUUGUGCUCGCUCUUGUAUAUCCCUUGUUUUGUACUGUUUAAAAAAUGAGCAUGAUUGUAUUAUCAGGCUUAAAAACUCGAGGCAAAGCCGCGAGUAUUUAAACCUGAUAAUACACGACUAUCAUCAACAACAUCAUCAUCAUGUUUAUUAUCAUCAUCACCAUCGUCAUCAUCACCAUCGUCAUCAUCAUCAUCAUUAUCACCAUCAUCACUUCCUGCGAUCUACAAUCGACUGCAACGGUUAAUGAUAAACUCGUGACCCUCUUUUCAAUAACUUAAUUAUGAUAGAUUGUAGUACUUUAUAAUGAGAAAUGCCUUUGAUACUUCAUACAGGUUUAUCAGUUCACAAAGAAAAGAUGAUUAAAGAAAUGAGGUUGACAGUGAAAGAUUUCUGCCAACAUUCGACAAACACUCUAAGUGUUAUGAAGGCAAAGUACAAGAAGGAACUUCUCAAACGCGCGAAGCAUUCUUCAAUGAGAGAAAACAGGAUAUUUUCUACAUCUACAGUUUCUUCAGCUUUUAAAUCCAAAGAAGUCGUUGACAUUUCCGUUAUCAAUUUGGAAAAUAAUAAAAACGAAGACUCUAAAUGUUAAAUGUAUCAGGUAUUAAGAGCUAAAUAACAUGAUGUUGGCAUGUUGACUGUUCCAGGUUGUUCUUAGCGUAUUUUAGUUAAGAUUCGGUCCAUUUUAAGCUACAUUGUGUAGAUGCGUGCCGCGAAGCUACUUGUACCCUGGCUUUCUUAAGGAAAAUAAAAUUGAAAAAUGACUCAGUAAAAA